GCUGGCGUGACGUAUUUCCGCUUCCGGUGUUGUCUGCUGUUUGGCAAAGAUGUCGGAACCGGAGCAAGAGCCCGAGUUGUCCGAGAUAGACAGCGCGCUGCUGGACUGCUCGCCCCGGGACGUGUCCUUGGUAUGUUCCCGGCGGGAAGCAGGGGCUGUGUGGCCCCCAGCGGAGCGGUCACUCCCAGUGAUCAGGGGCCGGUCCUGGACAGGCCCCUCAGCCCCAGGACAGGCACAGCUGUCUCCUUUACUUCCUCUAGGGAGGUGGGGGGGCGCUCUGUCUGGCUGAGCAUCAUACGGGUCGUAGUCCAGAACAGCUGGAAUGACAGCAGUCAGUGCUUAUAGUCACAGGUCUGUGCAUGUGGGCCGUAUUUACAUAUGUUUCCACUCACUGACUCACCCCAUUACUAUACCAUAUACCUGGGGCGGUUUAUUUACCCAGCAAUGAACACAAGCCAGGGUAACUGACUGCUUCGGUAGUCCUCAGUUUAGCCACAGCAGGUGGCUGGAUUUAUUGAGUCUUGGUUUAGCAAUCUGUCCUUUCAACUGACUACAAUGCCAGGGUUUAGUGAUUAACUCCACCACAAGGUUUUAGAGAUAAUUUGAGGUAUUUGCCUAUGUCUGCCGUAAUCAAGCAUCCAUUAGUGACACAUGCAGAAAAUUUUUACAAAAAACAGGCGUAAUUGAAAAAAAUAAAUAAUAAUAAUACAUCUGUUUUGUUCAUAGUUAUGUUGUUACUGUACUUGCAUUUUCUGUAUUCCGUGCAUUCUCCAGCUUGAAAAGUAGGCUUCUCAGAUUAAAGACUAAAGUGUUUUUUUUUUUUUUUGUCCAAAACUGUUCACAUCUUGCUAGGUAUAUAUCCUAGUUGUAUUUUAGUAUAUCAGCAUAUUUUAUUUGGCAAGUUACAGUUUGUUUGUUUUUACAAAUCGUUUCCAAUGCAAGUUUUCUAAAUUAGUGUAGAAUAGAGAUUUGUGCGUGUUUUUCAAACAGUAACCAUCAUUCAUUGUCCGUUAAUUAAAAGAAUAUAGAUAUUCUCUGCUUGAUUGCUCACAAUGCAACAAGAAAAGAAAGUAAAAGCAACACCGUUCGUGAUAAACUUCUUUCAAAAUAUUUUAAUAGAGAAUUUAUCUUAGAGAUCACAAAUAUACAGUCUCUCUGUAAGCCCACCUCUUUAAUGCAUCCUCUCUGCAUGUAAGACAGCAGAGAGCAUUUAAUUUCUUAAUAUUUUUUUUUUGUUUAAAUCAUGUACAAAAAUUGAGUAAGGCUUAAAAUUUUUAGUUGUACAAAGAAUAUGGAUACCUAAUUUUAGAGAGAAUGAGUGACAUUGUGACAAUGCAUAUACAGGCUAAAGGUUACUUAAGUGUGCAUAUGAAAGUUGUUGAGACUAGGAGCAGAUACUUUAAAAAAACAAAAAUAUGCUAAGCAUAGUUAUUUGCACAUCAGCAUAGGUAGUUAGGAGCUGGGCUUGCCAUUAAAAGAAAGGAGCUAAUGUACAUAUUGUAUCUGACUACCUAACCGAUACCCAGACUAGAGACCUGAGCUCUGGGCCCAUGGGCAAGAAAAAUGGCGAGUCCAUUGCCAGAUGAUUAUUCCUUUUAAUUGGGGAUAGCCACCGGUCUGCUUCUAGGCACUAAGAUCAGGUCCACUUUUCUGGCCAGUCUGAGUAAAAUCCGGGUCUGUUGCAAUAAAUAAUGGAGGUUGGUACUAUGGUAGGGAGCGGUAAUCUCAGUGAUGUCCUCUCCCCUUGCGGUAUGUGUCUUGGGAAUGAGUGUGUAGGGGGUGUUGCCUGGUGUAGGUAGUUUCCUAGGGAAUAGUAAAGGCAGUGGCUACUUCCAAGGCAAGUGGGGCUGUAGACCUUUGCUUGUCUACAGCCAAAUUCCGGUAUUUAAGAAAAAUGCAGAUAAACUAGGUCAAAUGCAUCCAGAAGACCUCUCUUACAGGCGGUAGAAAUCGCCAUCUCCUGUUUAGACAGCAUCUUAGGAAAGUUGUAAUUGUGACUAAGAAAGGAGAGUAAAAUGAUGUGAUCUCAAUAGGGAAGACCAGGAUAACGCCCACUGGUCCAAGACCAAAGAAAAACAGCGUUAAAUAGCUGUACAAGUCAUGUACUCCAAAUUGGCAACUUCUCCCAUCAGGACAGCCAACUAGGCUCUGAAGGUUGGCAGCAGAGAUCUGGUGAGCUCAUACAAAGCCCUGAUUUGUCCUCCAACAGACAGUUACCAACCAAGUUAAAAAAAAGUGCAGGGUAAAUCGGUGGAAAAACAUAAAAUAUUGAGUUCUUGCAGAGCUCACAAUAUCUGCUUCAGCUGCUACCACAUUCUGCACUUGCAUUUUAUUUUGUUUCCAUAGUAUAGCAGAGUUCCUGCAAUGUCCAUUUGAACUCCUAUUUUAUUAAUAUAAUUAUGAACAAAAACCAUCAGAUAUCAGUCAAAGUCUGCUAAUUUAUAAGGAGAGAAUGAAGAAAGGAGUAUGGGUCUUUACGAGACACUAAAAAUGUUAUGUCUAGUGAUCUGUGCAUAAACAUUAUUUAAAAAAAAAAAAAAAAAACAGUAGUUGUACAGGCAUGAAAGUGAAGGACUGAAACAUCACGUGUUUCACACUUUUCAUUGCUUGGCCAUAGAAUUGUUUGCUUUGAACAAUAACCUUUUCAUUUACAAAUUAAAGGAAAACUGUAGGUAUUAUACCUGCUUUAUCUUAUUGGGGUGGUGGUUGUGUCUAGAGCCCCCUGGAGCCUUCCUUCCAUUCAGCAUUAAAACAGUUUUUAAUGUUAAACAAGAAUUAGCCUUAGCAGCAAUGGGGAUUUUUGAUUGAGAUUAUCAGCUGACCACUUUCAGUUUAUCAGAGCAUCCAUUGUUGGUAGGAAUUAGUAUGGCUAGAAGGAACUAUACCCUUUAAUCCAAAGUUAUACUGUUGACUUUGAAGUCUUGUCGUGGAUUGCUCCUUAACAGUCCAGCACUUACUGAGAUAAGAACUCUGGGAGAAUUUUGGUUGAUGGUGUCAGCAAAAGACCCCCCAUGUGUUAUUUUUGGAUGAUGAAUUUAUCACUUCACAAUGUCUCCUGUUAGGCACUGGCUUGUGUUUUCUAGACACUGUCUCAGAAGAAACUGUUCCCUGUCCUAGCAGAAGAGAGCAGUGGUCAAAAUCAGCCUGUUUAGUAUAGUAUGAAGGUUUUCGAAACUCAAAGGUCUUCAUAUUCUGUGUCAUACACACCAUGCGGAUGUUGACCGCUGUUAAAGGGAUCCUAUAGUGCCAGGAAAACAAACACGUUUUCCUGGCACUAUAGGCUCCUGGGGUGCUCCUCUCCCUCGUGGCCCCACUCCUGUGAGGCUGCAGGGCUUUUAACCUGAUGUCCCUCGGCGUUUGGUCAGGCUCCAUCCACGCUCCUUAUUUAAAGAAGCACUCUAGUGCCAGGAAAACAAACUUGUUUCCCUGGCACUAUAGGGUUAUUAGGCCCCCCCCUCCCGCUGGGCUGAAAGGGUUUAAACCCCUUCAACUACUUACCUUAAUCCAGCGCCAGGCUUCCUCUGUGCUGGUGACCUCUCCUCCCCCUGCCGAUGUCAGCGCCAAAUGCGCAUGCGUGGCAAGAGCUGUGCACGCAUUCAAACCGCCUAUAGGAAAGCAUUACUCAGUGCUUUCCUACGGAUGUCCAGCGUCAUCGCAGUGUGAUUUUCACACUGAGAAUCGCGGAAGCGGCCUCUAGUGGCUGUCAGGGAAACAGCCAUUAGAGGCUGGAUUAACCCUCAUUGUAAACAUAGCAGUUUCUCUGAAACUGCUAUAUUUACAGCUGCAGGGUUAAAACUAGGGGGACCUGGCACGCAGACCACUUCAUUGAGCUGAAGUGGUCUUGAUGCCUAUAGUAGUCCUUUAAGGCUUUCCUAUGGGGAAAAUCUGAUGCUGGAGGUCCGUGAGGAAGAUAACAGAUCAAAAGUCCGUUUUGGAUUCUAGAAGCCCUCUAGUGGCUAUCUGCUAGACAGCCACAGAAGGCAGACUUAGAGCUGCAAUUUAAACAUUGCAGUUCUCUGGAACUGCAAUGUUUUACAUUGCAGCACUAAGUGCAAAAGAGUCACAGCACCCAGACUACUUCAAUUAGCUGAAGUGGUCUGGAUGCCUACAGUGUCCCUUUAAUGUAAAGCAUUGGAUUCAAUGCUUGUUGAUCAAAACCAUUGGAGUGAACAGAGAAUGUCUGAACUGUGUCUGCUGAGAGGAGAUUGUUCUGGCGCAGGAUUAGAGAAGUUUUAAAAGAUUUUUUUUUUUUAAAUGACAAUUUUAAAAUGGGGAGGAGGGGGCAGUAAUCUAAACAAUAAAAGAACACACUGAGGUUGAAAAUAGUUAUUGUUAACUUUAGGGUGUUCUUUAAAAGGUGUAAUCUAAGGACCAAAAUGAAUAAUUUAAGUUAUUUUGCAACAUAAAUUCUGCCUCUGCAACUUUCCAAAGAAAACCGUGCCAUCCCUGAGAAACACUUCUGUUUACAUUUUGCAAUCAGACAGACAGCUGCUUGGGCUUGCAACAUAAUUAGAUUCAAUUAUUUAAUCUAUUUUACACCUAGAGUACAAAGUGUACUCUUUUUUUUUUUUUUUUAUGGAUUCAAUGCUUCUCUUAGAAAAGUAUUAGAUUAGUGGAUCGCAGCAAUUGCUGCUCAUGUACUGUAUGUCCCCAAUGCUUCUCUUUUGCCUUACUUUUAUUAGAUGUCAAACAGGUCAACUGAGACUCGUGACUUGACCUACUUAAAGUGGUACAUUUGCUUUUUCCUGUGUCACCGUGUGUGAGCGCUUACAAUGGGUCUGUGAAGACUGCUGGGUCCUUUUUAGAUUUUCAUGUACUUGGCAAUGAGAUGCAAUAGGCCUCAUUCUUGCAUUGCGCAAGAAAAUAGAUGCCUGUUUUUAUCAACUGCCACGAGUGAAAAAUAUCGCAGUUUAAAUGCUGCAUUUUGCAGAAUGUUGGCUGGUACACGCUAGGUUUUACUUUUAUCUUUACUGUGUUUGGAUUUUUAAUAAAAUUUCAAAGUUAAAAAAAUAUUUUUUUUUUCCUCCGACAGAUUCUAUAUUUAUGAAUAAAUUUCAGUAACCGUGAUUAUUUUGGUCAGCUUAAAACUGUUUAUGUUUAAUAUUCUUUCAUAACUGAUUAUGUGAUAUUUGUGUCCUAUCCCUGGUAACCAAAUUUACUCUAACAUUUUCUCCUGAGAAAGAUUGCCAAGUCCUUUCGUGAUAGACUUUCAUAAAAUGUUCUUCCAUGGGAAUUUAGAGUCAGUUUUCUAUUUGUUACCUAGGUGAUUUUAAGAAAAUAUGCAAAUUUUAUGUAGCAGAUAUUGUUGUGCAUAUUGAUACAAGAAAGUCUGAAACCAAAUUGUCCUGAAUUUAGAGGGGGGAAAAAAUGCCUUCCUAUGAGCCCAGCUUUUUAUAGCAGGCAGGGGAGAGUAUUUCAGUGGUCUAUUUCUAGCAGACUACAUAUCUACCAUCCUUUUCUGUAUUUGUAAAACAAUGUGUUGUGUCUUAUACACAAUUACCAUGGCAGCUGCCAUAUGGGUACCCAAAAUUGCUAACAUCGACAAACUACCUCUUGGAUUCCUGGGCUUUUGGUUCUUUUUUUUUUUUUCUUAUUGGUAAAAUGACUUGUCUAACCACAAUGCUAUUAUAUUUUUCCAGUUUUCUUAUACUUUUGUAAGUCUUUAUGAAAUUCAACAUGAAAUUUACAGAAUGUUGUUAUAACAUAGAUACAAUGGAAAAGAAAAAAGUAAAGUCAAGGCACUUCGCUGAAUUUAACCACGUUUCUUGGAUAUUAAUGUCUCUCCAGAACAUGAGAGUGGUUACUAAGGGGGAGCAUUAGUAUUUAUUGACAUAGGAGGAAGCAUGCAGUAAAAGCAUAUCAUGCCACUCACAAGUCAAGAGGACCCACCACUACUUCUGAAGAAAAUAUUUUUUCCUAUUUAUGCUGUGCAAGCUAUGUUCCUUGGUAUUCUGCAUAAUUCAAAUCCACUGUGCUUCUUUCCUCAUGUCUGUUGUAAGUGGCUUUUUAAUAACUCUCCGUAUAAUUGUCUUCUCUGUAAUUUAACAGGCUUGGCUCCAUGCAAUAGAUCUUAGAAAGGAAGUCUACCAGCACCUUGCUUACUAUGUUCCCAAAAUAUACUGCCGGGGACGCAAUCCAUCUCCAGAUAAAGAAGUGUUUGCAGAGAAUGCCCUUCUUGGUCCCCUGGAGUGGUAUAUGUUUGGUGAAGACCCAGCAAUUGGAUUUCCAAAACUGAAACAAGCCAACAAACCAUCACAACUCUGCGGCCGAGUUUUCAAAGUUGGAGAACCAACAUAUUCAUGCAGGUACUGAAUACUUGAUUCACAAUUUUCUUUUAAAAUAAAGUACUGGAUAUGUGAUCUAAAACUCACGAUCUGCAUUGAAAGAAAACAGGUGCACAGUACCACUCUUAACUUUUUUUUUUUUCUUUUUUUUUAAAUGAUCCUUUUACACGGGAACAGUAAAAUAGGAUACUCUGAGAUCUAUAUAGAAACAUUAUUUUCUUUACCCUUAUUGAAACCAAAGGAAUAUGUUUUCUUUUUGUUGAGUGGGCAGUUUGCAUCCUUGUCGGUGCAAUUGGAAGCAUGUACAUUAGUUUUGUGAGCACAGAUGGUUAUUCACUAAACAUUAAAUAUUGGUGAACUGAAACUGUGGGAAGAUGGUGAAAAUCAUACAAUAUGUGUAAUUAUUGCAAAUUCAAUUUUUAACUUGUCAGAACAUGAUUAGUGAAUUAACCCCUAUAUUAACCCCUAAUCAAUUCUAGGUAGUCAGAUUUCUUCUUUUAUUGAACAUGAUUUAUGGCAGAGGUUGGAAAUGUGACUAAAAUCUGGCACCCAUCUCAUCGAAAACCAGAUUUAAAUUCUGCAAUUUGGUAAAUUAUAUUUUUACCAAAAUCCCGAUAGCACCAUGUGCAAAUUAGCAAGCAGCAUAUCGCUUUUUAAAUUCCAGCCAACGUUUUUCUCAGUUCCAUCGGCAAUAAGCUGUUGUUCACAUGUUCAAGAUUUAAAGCAUUAAUUUAUCUACAUACAGCUUUUAAAAGAUUUGUUUAAUCAGUGUGGAGCUGUUCAACUCAGGCUGUGUUUGCUAGGGUUGGUCCAGAGGUUUAUGGAUGUCUUCAAAUGUCAGAAGCUUCUUUUAACACAUUCUUCACUGUUAUGAAUCUUUGGCAUGGCAUGAUAUUAGAAACAAAUGGGUAUUAAAAAAAUAUAUAUAUAUUUUUUUAUGUUCCAAAGCAGCUGAAUUGCAAGUGAUAGGCUUUUGUGUUACUCCAAACACCAUGACCACUUCAUUAAUUUGCAAAGGUCAUGGUGCCUGGAAUCUGUAUGUGCAGCAUUUCAAUCUGAAACGCUACACAGAGGGAGUUUAACCCCUUGGCUGCUGGAGGUGUUACUCCACCUCCAGUAGUAUAAUUGAUUUGUCAUUAGCCAACCUAGGUCUGGGCUGGCUAAAAUUGAUUCUGUGCAUAGUUCUUUGCACAGAUGUUCAUUCAUUGGCUGAGAGCAGUCAGUUGACAAGCUGAUCCAAUGAAUGAGUGUCAGUAUCGGCAUCUGGCUUCUGCAGUUCUGUAGAAGCAGGUUGUCCUAAACCUGCCAUCAAAGCAGACCAGAAGCCUGGCGGGACCCGGGUAAAAGGUUAUCCUCCGUUACCGAGAAAUGGGGCCAGGGUACUUUUCUCAUCAUGAUCACUACAGCAGGCUGUGGGGGUUAUAAUGGCUGUAAUAACCUUUUAAAGAAAAAAAAAAACCAAUGCAUAAAAUAUUACUUACCUCUAAUCCAGCAGCUGGGUCAUAUUUUUACUUGUAGUGAUCACCUUGCCAUCCCAAUGCAUUUUAUAGAGGAACAUUGCCAUACAGGGCACAUGCUCAGCAAUUAGGACUAUCCGCUCUUAGAGAAACAUUAGAACCAUGUCAGAGAUAACAUUUGACAGCCUAGCCUGCUAGGUAAGUGUUCAUAUUAGAUGGCAUUGUGACUUCUGUCACAGACAGCCAGGACAUGGUUUCCCCCACUUCUGCAUUGUCAUAUGACACUGUGCAAUAUGUGACUGAAACAUGAUCUGCCUGGUAAAAUAACUGGUCAGGUCAUAUAAUGUGAAAAGGCUGUAAGAUAGAAUAAUAAUUGAGGGUUUGCUCUGCAACAGCUGUAGUGUCAGAGAUGCUGUUCUCUUCUAGCUGCAGUUAUGAUUUUCCCAGCAUGCUCUGAAAAUUCCGACACACGUGCGUUAAAUUUAUUGGGACUCUUCUCUCAGAUUGCAAUUCCCCAGCAAGUGCUACCAGUCUUAACCCCUUAAGGUCCAAACUUCUGGAAUAAAAGGGAAUCAUCACAUGUCAUGUGUCCUCAAGGGGUUAAGGACCACCAGCAUUUUAACCAUUUAACCACUCUCUAUACCUCAACAACAAGUAGAUAACACGUUUGUAUUUUUGAAGUGGUUUGGUCCUCUUUGCCUCUGAGAGCUCCUGUGGCUCCAACUGAUCAGCAACGCGUUACAAGACGUGUAGUUUACCAGUAAAAUCAUAGAUUUAAAUGCAGUCUGGCAGGAGCUACAAUCUCCCAAACAAUUCUGCAUUCCUGGAGAGGUGUUAAACCAUAUAAUUUUAGGCAGUGUACAUCAGUACCUCUGUAAUUUACCAAAAAUCAUCCUCACUGUGAUUUACAAGUGCGUGAAAUAUCAGCCUAUUAAAAUAAAUAAAACAAACGGGUAGAUCAUUGAAUAAUCGGAUACAUGAACAAUAAAAUGUUUGAGAUUCUUCUGUAUUCUAGCUACAUUGCUUCAAUUUGUGUAUAUCUAAGGAUUUUAAACGUUCUUGAUUAUAUUGUGUGAGCUCCUUUUGUGGAGACAAAACUGUUUUAGUGACUCUGUAUUUGUAUGUAAAUUACAAGGACUAUAAGUGGAAUAGCAUCGUUGUUUUUUUUUGUGUUUUUUUUGGAAAACUCCUCAAAAAUAACUGUUCCUUUAAAUGUAAAGCGUUACUUUAAAUAAACAGACGUGCUGUGUGCAAACAGGAAAUAGAUGAAACCCAGCCGUAAGCUUGAAAACUUGACCUCAUUUACAGUUGUGCUGUGAAGCUAUAUGUAACUGGUGUGCCACUUCCUGUCACAUUGAGUCACUCCUGUCCCACCUUUCUGUCCCUGAUCAAGUUCACAGCAGCAGCCUAAAAAUAACUUGUUAAAGGUCCUUUUACUAAGCUUACUUGACUUUACCGAAACUAACUGUGACUUUCCCUAAAUUGUUUUAAUGUGUCAGUGUCUUGUUUCAAUGGAAUUACAAUAUCAAACAGUAAUUCACUUUGUGCAUAUAUUUAUAUCAUUUUAGUAUUUACCUACGUAAGAAUUCAAAGUGGAUUUAAAAUUUAAGGUCAAAAUAGUCAAACUGGGAACAUUUUCUAUACCAUCUAUGCUUCCAGUUUCGCUACUUUGGUCAAAAAUAGAAAUUUAUUUAGAAUUCUUACUUUACUGAAUAACCCUGAGGGUGAACUGAAGUGGUGACCAUUCUGUCUCCCAGGUCCUGAGUCAAUUACAAGAAAUUUUUUUUUUAAAUUAGUCAAUUCAAGUUGCAAACUAAUCGUAGACUAAGCAUUAAAAUGACAUAAAGCAAUAAUCUAAAUGUAAUAAUUACCAAAAGAACCUCGCCAUUGUUGAGCUGAUUUCGUGCCUAGUAUCCUAGUGGAGGUAUCCCUACAGUGGUACCAUUCAAUACAUUGGACAGAGAGCAUUCUGUUAAAGCUAAAAUUAAUCCUAAAUGAGCCCAAGACCUAUAGACAUAAAAAGGUUACCCGCACUCUACAAUCUUUUUCUUCUUUACAUCCUUAUUGUAACACUGAACACACUGCAUCCUCACUCGAUAAUUCUUAUUACAAGCUAGUGUGCUGCAAUGAAACCGAUCUGCAUAGCUGGAACUGGCACUGGACCUCUCUUAGCCCAUCGCAGCCGCUGUUGCUGGAAGAAUUACUAUGGCUAAAGGAAGUAUAUAAUAUUUCUUAGUAAUAGCUCCUGUAGGGACUGGACUGUGGGCAGCUAGAGACUCUUAUUUACUUAUUGAAAAUAGUUUAACAGUGAAUAGAGGGACAGUGUUGGGGUACUGCAAGCACUAUUUCCAAAUGGUUUUAGUACCUACUGUGUCCCUUUAAGCUUUGUCCAUUGCCAUAUAUGAUGAAUUUCAAUAAAGUAUAAACAAGCACAAAUAGAUUUACAAGAUUGGAACCUUGCCACUCAAAAGGUUUAAAGAAGCACUACCGCGUUAGGAAUGCAAAUGUCUGUUUCUAAUGCUAUAGUGCCAUGUUGGCAGCUUAGCUGACCAUCCCCUACCAUCCGAGUAUAAAAAGGGUUUUAUCCUCGACAAUUGGUCCAGACCAGAACAACAAUUGCUAAACAAAAUAGCAUUGGCAGCUAGAAAAGCCCUAGCCCAAACAUGGUUGCGACCCCCUAACCCCCCCAAUGUCUACAGUGCUCAACAAAAUUAGAGAGUGUCACCUCAUGGAUAAAUUGAUGGCCCAAAUAAGAGGCUCAAUGAAAACAUUCACUAAGACGUGGGAACCAUGGGAAAAUUACAUUGAUAAACAUUAAAUCACAAAAGACGACCAAGACCUCCCCCCUUCCCCACUCCCUAUCAUCAGCCCGAGUCAACCGGUACCCCUGCCUAUAAGUUCAACACACCAAAGCCACCAAAAUAAUAUGGCAACUUAAACAUACUGUUAUGAAAUAUUAUUCAUGUUUUACGUUACUUGUUCUUUUCACUCACAUUACUUCUAAAACCAAUGACAGACAGAUCUUAAGUACAGAUGAUGCACACGAAAUGCCAUGAAAACCUCACGAACCACCUAACGGCAAUAUAUACUUCUUGAAUUCACAAUGAGGCUUUUGCGCAAGCCCUAUGACUGCAUUAUGUAAUUUUCUCUGUCAUUGCAAAAAUAAAGAAUUAUAAAAAAAAAAAGGGGGGGGGGGUUUAUACCCAUUUUAUUCUCUGCCUUUUCUCCAUUGCAGCAUUGGUGCCCCUUUAAGCCUUUGCCCAUUCUCAGCUCCAAGUUUAUUUAUAGUCUGCUCUAUGGAAAAUCUCCACUAAAGAGGAGCUUUUUAUCUAGAUUGAUCCUACCUAUAUGGGCAAUCCAGAACCAAAAUUACACAUGGCUAACCUAGACAUUAAUAUUCUUCCAUAGGCCUCAUAAAUGACCUAUUGCUGAUUUACAUUUAGGCACAAUGAGAAGACUAUUCCUCUUAUUGCUGCUGUUGCUAUUAUUACACCAAAAAAGUCAAAUGUAUAAUUGUCUUCAUCAUGACUAGUAUGUUCAUGCAUCUUCUAAUGUUUUCAUUUUCAGAGACUGUGCUGUGGAUCCCACGUGUGUAUUGUGCAUGGAAUGUUUUUUGGGAAGUAUUCAUAGAGAUCAUCGCUACCGGGUCAGUAAUUUUUUGCUUUUUUUCAGUAAUAUCCUUAAAAAAAAAAAAAAAGAUUAUGCUAAGAUGGUUAUUUGCGCAAUAGUUUUUAAUCUUCUAAUCGCAAUUCAAGUUACAAGAUUUGUGUGUGCAUUAAUUACAUAAGUGGGUGAAUCUCCAUGUAAGUGAUCCCUUAAGAUACCAUCUUACGGUUAUCCAGCACCUUAUUUUUAAAAUGACUUUCCUGUCUGGCUAUCUCUCAUAUUUCUUUUUUGACCCAAUUUCAUUUGUGCCACUGCCUGUUUGGCAAUAUAUAUGAUGCUACAGUUUACCAAUGUUAUUGCUGACCUAAGCCCUUGUGUGGAGAGAAUUAUAAUGCCAUUUAAUACUUGGUGAUAUUUCUCUAAUAAGUUCUGUUAUUUGAAAGCAUAUUUUUAAGAAAUUUAUUUUUUUCUCGUUUCACAGGUUUGUGCUCUUUUCGAAGUAUGUUGUUUUUCUGAGUCCUAUCUAUAUAUAUAUAUAUUCUAAGUAGAGAUUGUAGCCGUAUUAGUCCAGUAUAAAGUGUACCAUCCUGUGCACUGUCUGCUUGUUUGUUUUUCUUUUCCCUCUCUCCCCCCUCAUUCUGCUCUUCAACAAGAUAUUUAUGACCCUCUGCUAAGAUGGUGUCUAUUUUCUAACAAACCUGUGUCUUAUCUACACUCAUGAACCCCUGUAUCACAACUCAACUUUGAAUUCUAUGUGUUGUCUUGCUCAGAAAUGCUUCAGACUUGAGAAAGGGAGGUUCUCCCGAAAGCUUGUCAUUAAAAAAUUCUGUUAGUCCAAUAAAAAAGGUAUUACAAGAUACGAAUUUUAUCUUUUACAUAUAUAUACAUAUUUUUUGUUUCUUUUAAACUAUUCACUCGAAUAUUGAGAGAUAAGUACAUUUUUGUUUUCUAUUACUUUCUAUUCUAUUGAAAUUUGUGUAUUGAGUUUCUGACUUAAUUUAUUAUACAAAAUCCCCAUUAUUUAUAUAGCCCUCUUCUUUUCUGCAAUUCAAAUUUUUUAUUUUAUUUUUUAUUUAUUUUUUAUAAGCAAAACAUGCUUUACCUUUCUUCAGUUACAGGAUCUUUCAUGUGAUGUUCCUGAAUUGCUAUUAAUGCAGCCAAAAUCUUCCUACAAUUUCCUUCUUGCACAUGAGCUGCCAUCGGCACCAUGCUAGGAAACUUCUUUUAUUUGAAGUUAGCAUUUUGUGUCAGAACAGAAAACAAAACGAUGGUGUAACACCAAUUAAUAAACACACAGAGCAAAGUAUGGAGUAACGUAUAAAGCCUCCAUCUCUAGGCUCAAUAAAAGCAUUACCCCAUGUGGGACCUGAUUACAAAUUUUCUUUUCUUAAUUUAUAAGACUCUGCACUUUACUGGUAAUCAUGGUUUGAUACAUGGUCCUGUGGGACUAAGUAUAAUGCCAUUCACUUGAUAUUGAGUAAUAUUUUCAUCUUUUAUUUCUUCUGAAGCAAGCUGCUUUCUCUUGUACUGGAGUAUUUUUUUUUUUUUUUUUAUGUAAGAAAGUCAAGAAACGUGUAGUUUCACACAGCAAUUAUUAGUUUUUUCCUUUGGAAUGUUUUACCUUUUUGAAGUACUCAUAAGUCGCUUUUAUUCUAUGUAUAACUAAGCAUUGAUGGCUCAGGUCAAGACAUUGCUGUGUUUCCUCCUCAGAUGACCACGUCAGGUGGUGGGGGAUUCUGUGACUGUGGAGACACAGAAGCAUGGAAAGAAGGACCAUACUGCCAGAUACAUGGAGUUAACAUCUCUGAAAGUGAAGUAGAGGUAAUGCAAGCCUAAACCAACACCUGCUGUCUAAGUACUUGUCCAUGUUAAUGUAUAAUAUAUAUUAUUUUGUGUGUGUAAGAUUUAGACAAGGCAUGAUAUCUCACAAUAUUCACUUUAUAUUGAAGGCAAUUCCCUGUGAUUAAUACGCAUGAAGGCGAUCAUGGGAGUAGACUGUUUGUGAGCAUUAUUUAGCCUUUUAGAAAGGGGGAUUAAAGAGACACAUCCUCAAACAAAAAUAAAAAAAUAAAACAAACAAUUUGUCCCCAUAAACAUGUUUCAUAUAUCAUACAUUUGGGAAAAAUUUAUAUCUUUGUACAACCCCAUGAGACACCACAACUCUACACUAUGGAAUUUGAAGCAUUUUACUUUCUCGAAUAUUUAUGAUUUUUGUAAUUUGGAUAUUCUUCUUCUGACAGGAUCCACUUGUUCAUCUAUCAGACGAUAUAAUCGCGCGGGCAUACAACGUUUUUGCCAUUAUGUUCCAGUAUGCUGUUGAUAUUCUGACAUGGGAGAAGGAGAAUGAACUGCCUUCUGGGCUUGAGUGUCUGUAAGUACAUCAGAGUAUCAAGUCAGAUGCAAACGGCUAAUAGCAGGAGUUGGAAACAGAAUACAAUUACAAACACAUGCUAAUUCUGUGCUAUAAAACACGGUUUUUAUUUAAUACGUUUCUAAUUAGAAUCAUUCACCAUUAUUCACAAGCCUGAAUUGUUUUGUAUUUUUUUAUUUUAUUUAAAAAUCUUAUUUAAAACUUUGCACCAAAAUAGCAGAAACAAAAAUGAGCUCAUUUGGAGAUUGGUUACAGUUGUGUUGUUUUGGCUUAAACUUUUGAAUUCUCAUUGUGUCCCAAACAAUUCAAUUUUUUUUAAUUUAUUUUUUAUUCUUUAUUUUAUUUAACAAUAUAACAAUAACAAUAUAACAAUAACAAUAUAACAAUCAUAUCAGGCUUACAAUGCCACAACAGCUACGGUAAGCAGUUUUGUUAACAUGUUAUUACAUGAGUGAGGCAUUAGCGGUUACUGCACAUUUCUUAUAUAUUAAUGUUGUUUGUCAAUGAAUUUUUUCUAUUCUGCUUAACAGGAAAGGUAAGGUACGAGAUUAGACAGAGCAUAAUAGCAUACAUUUAGCACUAGAGAUUGAAGCAUUGCUAUUGCAGAGUAUGCACAGGUAAUAGGUAAAUACUGUGAGGUAUAUUGUAAGAGUAGUAUACAAGCGAGGUAUGCCACCCUGAGUGAAAUUUAGUAGCAUGUGCUAGUGUGAAGAUAUUUGGGACAGCAGAUAAGUUACACGUUCAUCAGAAAUGUCAAUCUUAGCAUACAAUUAGGUGAAGAAGGGAUGAUUUCUCCUGGCUGUGUGUGAUGUGAGUGUGAUUUAGAUGACCCUCUGUGCACUCAGCCUAUGCCCGUGAUGGGCAGGGUACAAUACCAGGUAAUGGGAUGCAUUAGGAGGUGUAGUGACCCAGACAAAAUCGAUGCACAGUCCAUGUUAUAUGGUUUCUUCUUCGAUAUCCCCUGCUCUCCUCUCCCUGCUUUAUCCUGCUUGAUUUUCCAGCUGCCGGUUCUAUAGGCACCCCUUGCUGAUGCAGGCCUGCGCUUCCCACCUUCCGUGCUCCACUGACCCGGUCUUCUCUGUCAUUUUCGCACUGUCUUUGUGCCACGCCAAGUUUGAGGCUGCCGGAGACCGGGUUUAGGUGGGUGAUCCUGCGAGGUUUGUAGGUCGGGUACCGGUUGUCGGAGGGACAGCGUCCCCCAAAAGUCAGAAAGAAGUUUGUCCAGGAAGGACAGCGUUCUGGACACCAUACCUUCAUAUCCAGGUGUGGGGUCCGCGGCAUCCGCCAUAUUAGGUUUACCGUAUUGGGGUAUCAUUGCCAUCUGAGUCAGGUUCGCACAGCCCCGGUAAAGUGAGUGAGCCUCCAGGGUGGGGACCGGGAUCUCCCCUGCCGGUCCAUAGUGUGGGGUAGCAGGGCACCAUCAAGAUUUGGAUGAAGGUCCGCCUGAGCUUGGCUGGGAGAACGGCCGCCUCUCCCCUCCACUAUGCUUGCUAGGCCUCACUCCAGCCCAUCGAGGGCUUAGUCUGGACGGCUGCUGUUGACCGUUCAAAGCCAGUCACCUUUCACCUGACGUUCAAGCUUCGCAGGCUGUCUGAGAAAGCACCGGGACUACGGGUAAGCGGCUUAAUUUCACUAAUUUGCCCGGAGGUCUCUGAAAAGGCAUCCAGCCACCAUCACAGUCCGGCCCCGCCCCCAACAAUUCACUCUUUUAUGAGUAAUACUAAAUAUGUCCUUAUUUAUUUUUAACUUCUUUUUUUUGUUAUUUGUUUUAUGUAUUGCAAUUCCUUUAGGAGUUCCUCUGCCUAGCUGUAAUAUCAGAAUGUUAAGUACUUUUUCAAUGAUCCUUAUUCUUGGAUAUAUUUGAGUGAUGGUGGAGGUUAAUUAGUAACAUCUGGGGUAAAGGAGGAUUUCUAAGAACAAGAAAGUAAUUUAAAGUUGUCAUAUGGCCACUGGAUACCACCUAGAAUCCCAUAAAGUAAAAGGAUGUCUAGCUUGGAGGCAGGAGACACCACAAAACCUGGCAGUAUUAUAAGAUGAAUUUCAGUUGAGGAUAAAAACAAUAAUUAACUUGCUGAGUGGUCUGUUUAUAUAGCUGGGGUAGUUCCUAUUAAAGCUGUAAUUAGUGUGUGCAGUGAAACAACCUUAAAGGGGCACUAUAGUCACCACAACAACUACAGCUUAUUGAAUUUGUUCUGGUGAGUAGAAUCAUUCCCUUCAGGCUUUUUGCUGUAAACACUGUCCUUUUCAGAGAAAAUGCAGUGUUUACAUUACAGCCUAGUGAUAACUUCACUGGCCACUUCUCAGAUGGCUGCUAGAGGUGCUUCCUAUAUCAGUCUUGCCUAGUAUGCAUUACAACAUUCAGUAUCUCCUCCCUCUGCAUGCAGACACUGAGAUUUCCUAAUAAAGAUUCAUUCAUUCAAUUCAUCUCUAUGAGGAGAUGCUGAUUGGCCAGGGCUGUGUUUGACUUGUGUUGGCUCUGCCCCUGAUCUGCCUCCUUGACAGUCUUAGCCAAUCCUAUGGGAAGCAUGGCAAUUGGCUCAGAACAACACUUCUGAUGAUGUCAGCAGACAGCUUGCAGGUCUGAGGCAGACCGGGGGAGAGCCAGCAGCUUCAGGCUUGAAUACAAGUAAGAAUAUACUAUAUUUUGGGAUGCAAGAGAGGGCCAGGAGGACUAGAUGGUGGCUUUAACACUAUACGGUCAGAAAUAUGUUUGCGUUCCUGAACCUUUAGUUCUCCUUUAAUGAAACACCACAGGGUCAGGAGAAAAAUAAGUAUUCAUGGCCCUAUAGUUAGUGACCCUAAAUAUAGUGAAAUCUUACCUUUACACUAGUCUACUGGUGCUGGCUCCGCCCUGAUCUGCCUCCUUGGCUUACAACAUCAGAAGUGAUUAUCUCAGUGCUUUGCCAUAGGAAAGCAUUGGAUUGGCUGAGUUUGUCAAUUCUGAUUAUCUGAGCCAAGGAGGCGGACCAGGAGGUGGAGCCAAAUGCUGCCUUGGCCGUCAGCAUCUCCUCAUAGAGAUGCAUUGAAUCAAUACAUCUCAAUGAGGAAAGUUCAGUAUCUCCAUGCAGAGGAUCUGCUUGUGAUGAGAAUGCGGAGAAAAAAAGGUGUGAAAAUGGUGUUUCUAUCUGAAAAGUGGGUCACUGAUACUUUGUAUUUGCUGACUUUAAGUGAGCUGUGGUUUGACACCUUUGGGGAACUGGUUUUAGUGUCCUUAGAAGACCUACAAACUCUUUGUCAUAAAAGGGGAAACAUGUAAAGCUUUUUAAACACACAAAGUACCAUAAUCACUUCAAGUGAUUGAUGUAAAUGUGGAGCCUGGAGUCCCAUAGGCUUUGGAUCUAGCUUGACUGUUUAAAUGGUUUACUCACCACGUAAUAGAGAUAGUCAGUCCUCUGCAGCCUAGGCAUCCAAAUACAAUAAUGAGGAGGUAGAGUUGUGCCACUGCCUUGGGCCAAACCAGGGAUUGCUGGCAGUGAGAGAGAGCGCUCACUGCCCCCAUUCCCUGGUAUGGUGUGAGGCAGUGAGCAACCCCUCUUUCACCUUAUAAUAAUUGGGGGGUGGGGGGGACAGACUGCUAGGAACAAAGCAUUCCUGUUAAAUUAUGAGUAAUCGAUUUGUCAUCCAGCACCCGUGGACUUGAGGCUCCGUACACUGCAAUCAUUUGAAAUGGUUAUCGUGCCCACAGUGUCAUUUAAAAAGUAAUUUUUUUUUUAUUUUUAUUUUUUCUCACUUCUCUGCCAUUACAAAAUUGUAAUUCAAAUCUGGCAGAGAUUUAAUAGGUUGACCUAUGGGCAUUUGGAGGUCACAAAUACAUUUUUAGGUCUAAUCUGCAAUUACAAAAGAAAAUGUUGGAAUUAUUAUAUUAGACUUAUUGAGAUUCCAUGGAGGUCCAAUUGCGUAUGUCAUGCAACAAACUCACAAUAGUUUCACCUUACCAUGGACAUUACCAGUGAUGUACAGACCAGCACAGUGAACAAAGGGUCCACGUCUGAAUAGUUAUUCACUAAAGUGAAUUUCAAAAUUUAGGGCAUAAGCCAAAAAAAAAAAAAAGGCCACUAUGUUUCCAGUUUAUCUAUUUUGCCCUAAAAUGUGAUAUUUACUUUGAAGUGGUCAUGGUGCCUGGAGUCUGUAUAUGCAGUGUUUGGAAACAUUGCACAUAACAAGUGUAAGCCCUUUGCUGCUCUAGCUGUAACUCCAACUCUAGCAGUGUCAUUGGGGCAUCAUCAAGCGUUCUAUUCCUUGGCUGAGAAUGUCAUCUCACCCUCUCAGCCAAUAAAUGAGUAACACGAUUGGCAUAUGGCUUCUGCAGAUUUGCAGAGGUCGGUUGUCGUUAGCCUGCUACAGAGGUAACAUUUUACAACUGUAAAAUGAUUCUCCCCAUUUGGGGGAAAAUGGCACCAGGGUUCCAUUACCAUCAGAGUAGUAAAUCCAGGACAAAACCUGAUUGUCUAUUGAGUUCACUUUCUAUAAAAUGACUCUCCAAAUUGUAAAACCGCUUUAAUGCUUUUGAUUGGUUUUGUCCUCAUUUAUAUAACAUAUUUUUGCAUGAUCAACUAAGGAUAGUUUUUUGCAAAAAUGAACUAAAGGUUUUACAGCUUUCUGCAUUAGAAGCUUGCCUGCUUAGUUCCCCCCCCCUCUCCUUUCUUUUUUGACAAUCUUUAUUUAAGGGUGCACACAGUACAAGGAACCAUGCAAAAAAAUGAGUUACAGUAAAUGUAAACAAACCUAAGACAUCACAAACAUUUACAACAAAAAUGUUGGGACAAAGCUAAUAUGUUUGCUAAUAUGUAACACCCGACAGGAGCUCCGUUAAUGACCGAAGGAAUUGGAUCUCAAAACAGUGGGGCAUAACGGUCAAGGUAUAAUUCUAAGUUGUGCACUAAUAAACAUUUAAAUCAGGGGGACAACAGUGUCUACCUUGUGAGAGCAGGUGGAACAGAAGAACGGUCAUAGAGGCAUGGCACAACGUCCAAGAAAGGAAUAUAGCGAGAGAUAGUAAUAUGUAGAAAAGUUGAAGGAGAUCGGUAAAAGGAGAAAAGAGGAAGAGCACUGUGUGUGUGUUGGAAGGGGUGCAGAGGGAACAUUUCAUGUAAAAAAUAGGAGAUUCUCGCUCGUUCUUACAUUAGAUUUGUAUAUAUGUAGCUCAGCCACUGACGGCCCUUGACUGGUACGGGAGCUGCAGGGAAGCCAGCACAAUAGGGAGAGGACACCAGGCAGUGAAGAGAAAUAUUUUAUUUGCACAUUUUAUUAAAAUUACAUCGCCAUUUUUUUUUUUCUUCAAUAUCUGAUUUUUAUUAAAUUUUUUUCAGAAGAUAAUAAACGACAAUUGGGGAUACAGAAAAGAAGAGGGGGAAGGGUUAAAUAAUAUGAAGUUUGUACAGCUUUGUAAGGUACAUACAAAACAUUAAGGGUAUAGCAACCAAUAUAUUCAAUACAUGGGAUAUACAGGUUUACUUAUCUGUCUCUGUCGUUGUACUUCCCCAGGGUACAGUCGUGUGUUCAGACAGACUACUUAGCAUGCAGACAUUUUUUAAAUUAGACAGGGGCUAAUCAGUCCGGCAUACAAUAGAGCUCUUGUUAUAACCCUUACUUUCAAAUGCGCUGCCGUACUCUCCUCAGUACAGCAGGCGAGCAUGUGCUACCAGCAUUGUUGUCACGUAGGGUAGGUGAUGAUUUUGAAAGUAUGCCGUGUCGGCUCGGUACUCUGCCUGUAUCUCCCUGACCUAUUUUCCUCGCCAUCCUAGAUGGGAUGCAGCCCCGUUUUGUUUGAGAGACUGAUCUCGUUUUAGUUGGUUCCUUGGUGUCUGUGGCCCCGUUCCAGGGGUCGGUUUGGUUCAUUUGUUUGUGUAUCUUUGUGGUGUUGGCAUUUUAAUACCAUCUUCAGGUGGAAUAGUUAUUUGUGUAACAGACUUAAUACAGAGGAAAUCAUAUUAAAAAGAAAAGUGAAAACGGGUGGUUAACUUAAACCCAACUGGUUAUGUAUGUAGUCCCUGCUUGAGCAUAUUUUAGUUAAGUGUCUAUUGAGAAUAUAUAUGGGAACGAGUGUGGCCAAGGACGAAGAUGUAGAGGUAUGGAGUGAUCGCGUCCUUCUUGGCUCUAUGGGGGUUUUAGCGCUUGGCGGUUUUCUAUCCAGCUGGCCCAGUUUUUAGAGUGGAUCUCCACUUUGCCUUUGAGCCUAUGCCAUGCGUUCGUAUUCGCAUGUGGAUUCCACCCUAUUCCACACCUCUGCGAAGGAUGGCACAUUAAUACUUUUAAACGGCCUGCCGUUUUUUUGCCGCCAGCAGCAGGUGUAUGACCACCACCUUUUGGUUUGCAGAGAACAGGACGGGGGACAGGUGUAGGAGGUAACAUUCUGGUGUGAAUGGUAGUGGUUUUGACAGGAUCAAUGUUAUUACCUCCCCCCAUUCUCCGCCAAUAUGGCUCCAGUGUGGGGCAGUCCAAAAAUGUGCUUAAAGGACCACUAUAGUGCCCUGAGGGUACACUCUCCCUCAUGGACCCCCACUCUGGGGAGAGGAAGGGGUUAAACUUACCUCUUUCUCCAGCGCCGGGCGGGGAGCUCUCCGCCUCCUCUCCUCCUCUUCGGCUGAAUGUGCAUGCGCGGCACGAGCUGCGCGUGCAUUCAGCCAGUCUCAUAGGAAAGCAUUAAUAAUGCUUUCCUAUGGACGCUGGCGUCUUCUCACUGUGAUUUUCACAGUGAGAAGCACACAAGCGCCUCUAGCGGCUGUCAAGAGACAGCCACUAGAGGCUGGAUUAACCUAUUUAUAGACAUAGCAGUUUCUCUGAAACUAUGUUUAUAAAAAAAAAAAGGGGGGGGUUAACCCAUUAAGCUGAAGUGGUCUGGGUGCCUUUAGUGGUCCUUUAAGGGAACCAGUGUGUAAGGCGCAGCACCAGCACAUGGGGGAUACCGUGUGUUAAAUGCGUGCUAGACGAUCCGGGACCAGAUACCACCUCAUUAUGAGAUUAAAAUACGCCUCCCAGUGCGACAGGAUAUGGGUGGGUGCUUUGGUGGUUUGUAUGGCUUGAAGCCAUAGUGGGAUAGGGAAAGCGGUGUCGAGGUCUUUCUCCCACUGCUCUAUGUAAGUGUGUUUGGUCAGUGGGUCAGCGUCGUUGAUGGCAUUGUAACAUAAGGAGAGGGGUUUAGCCUUUGUGUUUUUUCCUAUACAGUGCAGGCCAAACUUAGUGAGGUGGGGUACUUCACAGUGGUGGGCAUUAUGUGCCGUUAUAUGUUGUAGCCUAAGGUAGGUGAAUAUAGCAUUGGCUGGUAGGGCGAACUUCUUCUUUUUUGCGUCUGAAAACACAAAAUUAACAUAUUUACAUUCUUUGUCAGUUACCAGCCAUUAUGUAUCCCAUAAUGUGAAAUGGUUGAGUGCUGAGAAAUACUUUUUCACUAUAAAAUGCUGAAAAUAACCUUUUCCCAAUUUAGUUGAAAUCCCUUCACAACUAAAAUACACCCCCCUUCCCCCCCAAAGAGGUGUGGUUGAAAACCUCUUCCACCUGAAGUAGUGUAUUAACUAUCCACUUACGUCAGAUGGAAGGGGUUUUCAUCCACACUUUUUUCCCCACCACAACUAUUUUGGUAUGUACUUCUCAAGUAACACCAAGCCUCCAGAGCCAGCCAGUAACCAACCUCAUGCUGAUGAGUUGCAUUAAUAACAAAACAGCUGUCUAUGAGUGGUUCACUGGCUUUGCCCCUCUUCCUGAGUUGUUUCAAAGCUGUUGUAUACAGCAGACACAUACUCCAAGGAAUCCAUGUAUAAAGUUGAAUUUUGAGGCCAAAAUGUGAUUCUUUGUUUAGCUCAUUUGCACAAGUCUACCCAGAGCACUGUUAAAGUGUGACUUAUGUGGGAAAAGCAAGUCUUAUGGCUUGACUGGUGUGUGUAUUUGUGUUUAGCAUUGUAUUAACUAUACAUAGUUAAUACACAAGUACAUACACACACUAUAUAAUAUAUUAUUUGGACAAUCUUAUAGAGCAAUUUAUUAAGCCCUAUUAUGUUUAUCAUUCGCAAUAGCUAUUGUUUUGUGUAAAGUGCCAUCUACAGCUCUCUGGAACUUGAAAGAAAAAAAUCUUUGAAAUGCUUUUGCUCACGUUUUUUGUUUUUUUUUUGUUUUUUUUUGUCAACAGGGAAAAAAAAGACACAUAUUACUGCAUGCUGUUUAAUGAUGAGGUCCACACAUACGAGCAGGUUAUAUACACGCUGCAAAAGGCAGUGAGCUGCACACAGAAAGAAGCCAUUAGUUUUGCUACAACAGUGGAUCGAGAUGUAAGUUUCUGUAUUUUAUGUUUUUUUUCCUAAUCCUCCAACCAACCCUCACUGUUAGAACAGUUUUAAUGUUUUGUAGAUAAACAAUUCGUAACCAUGCAUGAUAAUGUACCUUUUUUCAUUUUCAAGGGCCGCAGAUCUGUCCGGUAUGGAGACUUUCAGUACUGUGAAAGUGCAAAGUCUGUCAUUGUGGUGAGUAACAUCUUCACUUAAAGGGACAGUAUAGUCAUCAAAACAUCUUUAGCCCUGCAGUCUUAUUGCUCAAUUAUCUGCCAUUCAAGAGGUAAAUCAUUUUAAUAUACAUAUCCCUAAUUACACUUCCCUGCAUGUAAUGUGCAAAGUUUCCUAAACACCUUCUGUAAAGAGAGCUAAUGUUUAAACUUCGUUUAUUGCACAUUCUGUUUAAUUUAGAACUUCUUAUCUCCUGCACUGUUAAUAGACGUCUAGACCAUGCAGAAGCCUCCUGUGUGUGAACAAAGUUCAAUUUACAGAGCAGGUAAAAAUGUUUAAAGCAAGUCACAAGCAGGGGAGGUGUGGCUAGGGCUGCAUGGACACAAACAAAAGUGAUUUAACUCCUAAAUGGCAGAGAACUGAGCAGUGAAACUGCAGGGGCGUGGUUUAUACCAAUAAAGAUGAUGACCACAUGUUUUAAAACUACAGCUUCCAUGAUGCUUUGUCAUUCUAAAGGAAUGCAAAGCAUCAUGGGAACUGUAGUUCUACCACAUCUGGGGAUAUACCUUUUGGGAACAACUUGUUUAUACAACAUAAACUGCUUCAUUAAGCUAAGUUGUUUUAGUGCCUAUAGUGUGCCUUUAGGUUUUUUUUUCUUAAAUGAUAUGUGAUCCUUAGAGUAUCCCUCUCCUGAGCAAUGAAAAAGCAUUUAAAGCGGAACUGUUAUUUAAAGAGGAACUGUCAUUUAAAGAGAAGUCACUAUUACUUGUUCCUUCACCCUCAGUACAUGCUGUUACAGUAUUUACCACUCACAUAAGUUCCUCUUUAAGAUAACUUUAAAACAGCAUAAUAGCUUUUGCUCUUUGCAUUGGUUAUGGUACAUGGAGACCCCUAUCACUUUCUCCCUGCAUUUUGUUGCCCUUUUUAAAGAAUUGCUUCGUCCUGCCCUUUGACAUAACAGAAGGAACCUGCCUUAAGUAAUGGUACCCAUGGGAUGCAUCAUUUGGGUGCUGGUGUGAUGCAUUUUCCUUCAUGUCAGCAUUUUGUGUUGACCGAGGAAGAAAUCUUUGCAAUGGUUUGUCUUUUAACCUUUACAUUUGCGCCAAUCUGAAUAAUCGCCCUCAUGAAUUGUGAUGACAGGCCCACUUUAAUAGUAGACUGAAUUUAUUGCAGAAUUGGGCAGCAUGCAAUAUUAAAAACUAUUCAUGCGAGAUUUCCUUAAAAAGGUAAGAUAAUGUUUAGCGGCUUUUUCAAAAUUUAUUUGUUUAGUCAUAUUCUCUUCAGAGAAACACCAGUCGGCAGACGAAGCCUCUGAAAGUGCAAGUCAUGCAUUCUUCUGUUGUUGCGCACCAGACGUUUGGGUUAAGGUUCCUUAACUGGCUGGGCCAAGUCAUUGGCUAUUCUGGUAUGUAUUUACUUUGUAGCAUGUUCAUUGUUUAUAGAGUCCUAAUCCUUUUUUUUUUUUUUAUUUCCAUUUAAAUUUAACUCCUGAACAGCAGAAUUGAGCAGUAAGUGACACCAAAGCUAAAGUAGUUUUGGUACUUGGGGUAUCUAUUUAAAUGUUUUCUUUUUAAUCUGUUUUUUUUUUUUUCCUAUCUAUAAUCAAAUUUUUUUUUAUCUAUAAUAUCACUUUAUCACAGCAUUUAUGUCAUUUCCUUUCCCGUGCACAGCCAUUUCCAUGAGGUAGUACUUACUUGACUGAAGACCCCUCUCCUUGCUUGUUCCAGACUCAUUUGUUUCAUUUGUUUGUUGUAUCCUCCAGGUAAAGGACCACUAUAGUGCCCUGAGGGUGCCCCCACCCUCAGGGACCCCCUCCCGCCCGGCUCUGGAAAGGGGAAAAGGGGUAAAACUUACCUUUUUCCAGCGCUGGGCGGGGAGCUCUCUGCCUCCGAUCCUCCCCAUCGGCUGAAUGCGCACGCGCGGUAAGAGCUGCGCGCACAUUCAGCCGGUCGCAUAGGAAAGCAUUAUCAAUUUUCACAGUGAGAAUCACGCAAGCGCUUCUAGCGGCUGUCAAUGAGACAGCCACUAGAGGAUUUGGGGGAAGGAUUAACCCAUUUAUAAACAUAGCAGUUUCUCUGAAACUAUGUUUAUAAAAAAAUGGGUUAACCCUAGCUGGACCUGGCACCCAGACCACUUCAUUAAGCUGAAGUGGUCUGGGUGCCUAGAGUGGUGCUUUAAGCUUACGUCCAGAUUUGGUGGUAUGAGCAGCCCAAAGAAAUUAGAGAGAAGCUCUCUCUAACAACAAAAAAGGACAAGUGAUUUUAUAAAUACAAGCAUUUAACUAAGGGGAAAAAAAAGAUGUUAAACUUGAAUGACUAUUUUCUUUUAAAAUUGUUCAACAAUUUCUGAUUCUAUUUCUUGACACUUGAAAAUCAAAAUGCCUGCAAAGUGAGAUUCAGUUGACAAAAUCCACAUUAUUAGGUUUUAAUUGGUGUAAUGCUUGAAUUGUGGCAUAUAUUGCAUUAUUUUUUAUACUUGCAUUGAAAAGGGAGUGUACGGCUUUAAGUUGAGAUAUAAUAUAAUCAAAUGACCUGGCUGCAGGGAGAAUUGUAUGUAGAUGAAGGAAAACAAGUAAUGGAAAAAAUCAAUUUUUUUAUUUUAUUUUUUUUUUAAAUGUACAAUUUUUUUAUUGAAUUUCAACUACUACAAGAAGUUAAUAUCAUAGAUUACAAACAUGACCAGGAACAAAAAAGAGUAUGCAUAUAUGAACGAACAUGGUAACCAUAUUUAUGGUCAAAAGAGACAAACCGCAACAAACAAAUUCCUGCGAGGGGAUGAGUGGGAGGGGUAGAAAAUGCCCUUUUAUGAUUAAGCUGAAAAAAAUGAAAAAAUUAGAGGUAAUAAAACUAAAUUAUUACCAGUCAGAUCAGAUAUGCUUUAUGUUGUAAUUGUCAUAAUUGUAAUAUAUUCCGUAUUUGCAAAAUCGAGCAGUUACAAAUUUUAGAAUUAAAUAACUGUUUUGGAGAAACAAUCAGUAUUUUAAGAACUUUUCAGCUCUGCCUUUUUGGGCUACAUUUUUCAGUUCCCUCAUCGGUUCUCAAAAAAAAAAAAUGUUGGUUUCGAGAAUAAAUCCAUAUUGGCUGCUGUGGCAGAAGAAAACUUUUCUAGGUACCAGACUGUUGAGAUUUUCCUUCCACAUUUUUACAGAUGGACUAAGGCGCCUCUUGUGCCAGGUGGGUUUGCAAGAAGGCCCGGACGGGGAAAACUCUUCCCUUGUAGACAAACUGAUGCUGUGCGAUUCAAUGCUGUGGAAAGGUGAGACGAAAAAUAAUUAUCCAAAUAUGUGAAAAAUUUGAACCUCUAAAAUUCACUGUUUUUUUUUUUUUUGUUGUUUUGUUUUUUUACUAGCCAGAAAGUGGGGGGAAAAAAACAAACUUACUUGUCUCUUUUCUAUUUGAUAAAUGUUUUUUUUUUCCCCCUAAAUGUAUGCCUUUGCAAACAAACUGGUCAGAAUACUUUUGUUCUAAAAUUAUGCAUAGCUGGCAUACUAAUAAAAAGUAAAAGGUCUGUACAUAUAUGAUGCCUUUUAGAUUUAAUAAGUAGUAAAGUCCUUUUUAAAGAGACACCUAGCAUACUUUUUACUGGCAUACUAACAUUUUUAGAAUAAGCAUUUCAAGAUUUCUUUGCGAAUAGAUGUAUUAAAAAGAAUAAGGGGUAUUUGGUGGGCACAUUUGUGCACUGCAAAGGCAAUGGUAUUCAUUAAGAUCAAAUGACAGUUGUACUAUUAGGCCUCAGAUUUUGUCCUGUAGAGGGAACCACUGUGCAAGCAAGCCUGUAUUAUCCUAUGCAUUUCAAUGCUUCCCCUUUAUGACUGACUGGAAGACCAUGAAUUGGCUAAAAUGUGUCAGCAGCUUUUUCAAAAUUGUUUAUGGUGCGUUUUCCUGUGGAGGAUCAGAGCCCAUGAAAAAGCACCUACUUUGCAAUGUAUGCUCAUGACAUACAGACACUUGUAAUGAUAACGAAAAAGUGAAAAUUCAGUAUUAGGACAUUGCCUGACGAGAUCUGUUUUUAUUUUUUUUUAUUUUUUAUUUUUUUUUUUUAUUUUUUUUUUACACACACCGUUUUCUAGCCCCCAUGUAUGCUAUUAUAAGCUGUAGUGUUUAUGGUGUUUGGAGUAUCCCUUUAACUACUUGUUUCCUAUGUUUUAUUUUACAGGGGACAUUAAUUGUUGAACAGUUUUUUUUUUUUUUUUGUGGUGUUUUUUUUGUGGUAUGUGGUAUUGUUUGAUUGUUCUUUAUAAAAUUAACAAUAAAACAAAAGAUUUUCUCAUUUUCAGGAGCAAGGAACUGCUACCACCAACUGUUCAUGAGUAGCUUGCUAAUGGAUUUAAAGUAUAAGAAACUAUUUGCUAUCCGUUUUGCAAAAGUAAGUUGCAGUUUAAUUUUGAAGUUCACAUUACAAUCCCAGCAUGCAGUACAAUAAUCCAGACACCGUCACCGAACACCUUCAAAAGAGCAUUUGAUAAAGUAGAGCACCUUGCCUUAGAGUAGUAAGUUAUUUUAAAAAGCUGCAGUUCUAUUUAUGUAUAAUGCUUUUAUAAAUAUGUUAAGAGUUUGAGGAUUUUGCACUUUAUCAGUUGAGUAAUAUAGAACUUAUGGAAUUUUAUUUUUGAAGUAUUUUAGGGUAUUUCAGAAUGCUAUUUAUGAUGGCAUUCAAACCGUAUUGUUUACUUAAAAGUGGUGUAAAUCAGCUUCACUUUUAUAAGUGUGAGGAUAUUCUAAUUAUUCAGAAGUUACCAAGGAAAAGAUUAAUUUCAAUGUUGUCUUUUUUGGCAUAAUGAAUAAUUUUCCAUUAAAUCUCUAUACAUUUACAAAAUGACAAACUCAAAACAAAACACUCUUUUCAAGUCCUUUAAAAGUGCAAACUUUUUCACCUUUGCUGCUUAGUGGUGGCAAUUGGUAGCAGUAGUGUAGUAGCUUACCCUACUUUAGCUUUUACUCAACCCCUCACUGUGUCAGUUGAUUGGAUAGAGGCAUUGAGAAAUUAACCAAUUUUCUCCUUUUGUAUUAUGAAAUAUUUUUUAUAGGGCCUUUUAGCAUCUGUCACGAGCGUGGGCUAUAGGCCCAGCUGAGACAGUGGGGAGAGUGUGGAAGGGACAGGGUUAAUGACACCAGACCCCUGGUUACCUGUUGCUAGUCCCAGCAACCACUCAAUUAACCCCUGCAAUCCCUUCUACACUAACCCCCUAGUACACACUUUACUGCCACCACCAAGACUUUAAACCCGGGCGUCUUAGGUUACCCCACACACAGGAGAAUUAUAGAAUCACAGUUCUACUUUUACUGAUCAAACACAUAUAAUUAACCCUUUUUGGUAACGUGUUUACCUGAGCUUUCCUCUGGAGAGUGAAGCUCAUAGAGAACAGAGACACAAGCUGAUUAAGUAAACAUUUAAUCUGACAAAAAGGAUUCACAGUGCUGAGUACAAAAUACAGAAAUAAAUGAAAUACAGAUAACAAAUUGCAAAACAGUACAUAAAAUAAAAUAGGAGAAAACACAAGAAAUUCCUUACAUGUGUUUACCCCAUAUAGAAUUCUUGUGGGAGUCUUAGAUGGUAUAGGUCUCCUAGAAGUUGCUGACCAAAGAAAAAAAUGAACAACUCCCUGGAUAGUCAAGCACCCUCAUUACAUAUCUAAACUAGUUGUUUCUCAGUGGGCAGACCCCUGGGGGGGAUCAGAGGGGGUUAGUCUGGCAGUUUAUUGCCCACUCUAUGCAAUUCCUUGUGUCCAUCUCUGGUGAUGGCUAUCUAGAUGUUUUAUGGUCUAGGCCUGGUGCAAGAUCAAAGACCACAAUAAAUGUCAUCCUAAGGUUUACAAAAAAAACCCAACAACUCUUAACAUAUAUCAACACCCAUCAAACACCAACUCAUGCUUUUGGCAUGACAGCAUCUAAUUUAGAUGAGGGAGGCGAACACCAAAGAUACAGUUUAUCAAGUAACUCACAGUUAACUGGUUAUUGAAAAUAUAAAAAAGGAAAGAGAAACAUAGGCCUAAAUUGAAUACGCUUUUCAAAUGGUUCAAUACUAUUAGAACAUUUUCCAAAUGUUUUAUCUAUAAUAUUUAUCAUUGACAUUAAUGGAAACUUCUGUAGAUAAAUAAUUAGCAAAUGUUUUUCUAAGAGUAUUGAAUCAUUUCAAAAACGUUUUUAAUCAAAGCCAUCGUUAGAAUGUAUAUAUAUAUUUUUUAUUUUGCAAAGCACAAACGUUCUGCAUUCACCUUACAAUAAAGCUGCCCUUAUUUAAAAUAAAAUGUGUAUUAUAGCUUUUGUGUAAUUUUGUCAUGCAUACAUAGAACUAAAUACAUAUUUUCAGUGCACCUGCUAGUUACCCUUAUAAUGUGAGGGCAGCCAUCUUUAAGUCUUCUCUAGUUGAAAGUGCAGCUUAUUUAGACUUUCAGAUCUGCAUGGUCUUAACAGAUAAAGGGGUUCUUCUGAAAAAAAUAAAGAAUUAAAAGGAUAUCCCGGUCAUCUACACAACUUUAAACCAUUUGAUAAAUUUUGGCCUCAUUGAUAUGCUUUAUUUUUUUAAUGUUCAAAUCUUUAUAAUUUUUGCACAAAAUAAAUGUUUUACAGAAUGUUACACCAUGCCUUAGCUCCCCCCCUCCCCUUCAUGUCAGUGCUGUCUUUUUCUGGAGUGUGGGGUGUGGCUAAAGAGGUCAGUUUAUUGUACACCUAAACAUUUCUUAAAGUAGCAUUAGUGCUCGGAGUGCCCCUGUAAAAAUGGCCACCCCCAUAGACCAAGAGUAAGCCAGGAAGUACACUGAAGAGUCUACUCUAUGCAUCUAUGGGUCUAUUUAUACAUAUGUAAUUCUACAUGUAAUCUUUUAUCUUUAAAUGUAAAACUUAAGAUGAAAUAGUUUCAUUAUUUGCAUAUUCAUGUGGAUGAUCAAUCUCAUUACAUUUUCCAAAGCUCUAUAGGUAAACUGGCUUACUGUGCCAUUUACCAGUGUUAGAGCAAGUACUGCAGGUGGAGUAGCUGACAUAACCCCUUUAUUAUUAGUGAUCUUAAGAAUCGCAUGCAAGGCCAGAGUGGAUUAGAGGUGAAUUUCCCCUUGUUGUCUAGAGUUACCAGCAGUUGCAGAGAGAUUUUAUGGACGAUGAUCACGAGCGAGCAGUAUCCGUGACUGCUCUGUCUGUCCAACUCUUCACUGUUCCCACUCUGGUGAGUAAAUACCUAUUUGUUUGGACUGAUAGAUGCCACCGCUUUGUCUUUCUUACCUUCCUUUUAUUAGAACUAUGAGCGAUUGCAGAGUGAUUAUGUGAAAGACGAUCACGACAGAGAAUUCUCAAUCACUGAUCUCUCGGUGCAGAUAUUCACAAUGCCUUCGCUUGUAAGUAUUGGUGAGACAGUAAGCAGGGCUGUCGGUACCCUCUUUUCUUAUUUUCGUAUCACUGUGACAUGUGACAGGUAAAUCUUUUAUUGAUGAAUUGGGAUGCCAUAUUUGUCACUUGUGUAUUUAUAUAUAGAGUGUGCCUGUUUAUGGAAAUGUAGAAGCAGACAGGGUUAUUUACUAAAAAGUAAGUCCUUUUGGACAUUUCAAAGACCAUUUCAAGUUGUAGAUCAAAAUAGCUAAAACCAAAUCCCAGAUUACUUGGAGAUUUUUUUUUUCCAGUUAUACACUUCUGGCCUAAAAUUGGAAAUUCACUUUGAAUUCAAGUGCGUGCUCUGAAUUGGUGUGGGGGGUGAAUUUAAAAAACCACUAAUGAUGGUAUAGGAAGGCAGGCAGCACUUCAUUAAAGGAGGGACGUGAGAAAAUCCUUACAUUUGUUGCCAGCUCAUUGUGCACGUUGACAACAUGUCAAUAUUGCAAAGAAUUGCAUGUGCUGCAAAUAGCUCAAAACGAAAGGCCCUUUACUCAGGGUUUUAAUAAUACAAAUCUUUAUAGUAGUGGAACACACAAUGGACAAGGAUGUGUUACCACUGUGAAAUAGGUUUUACCUUGUCUACAAAAGCUAAGCAUUUAACACCCUGCAGAAUAAACCUGGAUUGUUUUCACUUGAUGACCCACUACACAAUUUCUUAUGUUUUUUUUUGUUCUAUGCACAGCUUAACUAAAGGAAUUCAUAGUCUCUAAAUCAGCCAAUUGACAGGUCUGCAUUAGUUGUUAAUUAAAGGGAAAUUAUAGUGCUGGGAAAACAAAGUUGUUUGUUAAAAACUCCUUCUGUCACCUGAUUCCAGUGCCGAUGUCUUUUGCCGCUGGUUCAAUCGCUGCCUCUGCUGGCAGGAGGACUAACGUGCAUGUAUGGCAUUCUAUAAUGCUUUCCUAUGAGAUUUAGGGUGACCCUGGAAGUGCUUAAGGAAAGCGUGAGGACGUCUAGCAUCCGGUGACCAAAAGUCGCCUAACGACCUGGAAGUCACUCUAGUGGAUGUCUGGUAGACAGCCACUGGAUGUGAAGUUAACCGUGCAGUGUAAUUAUUGCUGUUUAUCAAAAACGGCAAUAAAUACAAUUGCAGGGUUAAGGGGCCUGAGACAGUGCACCCAGACCACUUCAAUGAGCUGAAGUGGUCUGGGUGCCUAUUGUGUACCUUUAAGUAAAUUUUAAGUUCUCAAGCUUUGGUUAAGUAAUGUACCACGAAAGGCUUAAAAUAAAUUAAUUGCGGUUUGUAAUGUGGGAGUAUCAAGUUUCAGUAUGAGAGACCAGUCUAGGAAGAGUCCUGGCUUAUGUUGAACUGCUUCUAAAUGGUUUGACAUUAAACUGAAGGACUUCACUAGGGCACAUUAGGCAAAUUGUAGUGGUUAAGUGGCAUAGUGUCCCUUUAAGUUGCUAAUUUUUUUAAGAAAAGAUGUAUCCAAGGUUACACUUGGUUUAGCUUUUAUAGGAAAAACAUUUUUCUUGAGUGUUCAGUUUCUGUAAAAUUUUAAGGGCAAUGAUGAAUGUAAAGUUGUAUCAACAUAUCCAUAUGUGUACCUUGUAUGAUGCUUAAACUAAUAUUUAGCAUAUUAGGAUUUCUAAAGGGGAGCAAUUGUCAUGGAAUCCAAUGGGAUAUCUCUGCUCAGCUCUUUCCACCAGAACCCCUUUAUAAAUCUUACUGCAACUGUUCAGUACUAUUGAAGUAACUGAUUAUGUUCUUCCUUAGGCUCGAAUGCUGAUCACCGAAGAGAAUCUGAUGGCCACCAUUAUAAAAACCUUUAUGGCUCACUUGAAACUCAGUGACGUCCAGCAGGGAAAGUUUCACUUUGACCGAUAUACGGCACUGCAGUCUUUCAAAUUUAGAAGAGUCCAGAGCCUUAUCUUGGACCUUAAGUGAGUUCCACAAUGCUAGUUCGGUUGGUUGGACUGUACUCCUGACUGCCUUGAGAUAAUAGAGAUAACACCACCCGUCGCUGCAUCUCACACUUAUACAUUAAGAUAUUUCAGACACAUAGUGCAUGAUUUGUCCAUUGAAACAGCCUUUCCCUUGCACCAAAUGUUUUAUUUAGGCUUGAAAUGUUCCUGUACCAUUAAGGGUGUGAAUUUACUGAAAAUAUUGAUGGUUUAUGUAUUCAUCUAGCUUUAUAUAUUAUAAAGCUUACUGAGGACAUAUUUUCUUUUAUAUUUACUAUUUUCCUUUGUAGCGUUUCCUUCCCCCCCACCCCCACCCUAUAAAAAAUAGAUCCAUCUGAGUACAUAUUUAUUACACAGCUGAUAGCUAAGCCUUGGCCCAUCUUGCAUUUACUGCAAUGCUCACACAUUAAUAUACUGUAGCUUACACAUGUGAAGUUUUGCUGUAUUUGUAAAUGAGAUGUGUGAAAACCCACAAUAUACUAAUCACCCAUCUUACAGUGAUCUGGUCACGCAGUACAUUAUAUAUUGUAAUUUUCGCUUUUCCUAGUAUUUCUUGUUUUAUUGUGUUAUUGUGGAAGCAGUGUAUAUGUGUGUGUGUAUAUGUAUGUGUAUAUGUAUGUGUAUGUAUGUGUAUAUAUGUAUAUAUAUGUAUAUAUAUAUAUAUAGUGUUCAAGUAGAGAUUGUAGCCGUAUUAGUCCAGUGAUGUAGAUGUAAAAAUCGGAUAAAAUUCGUAUCUUGUAAUACCUUUUUUAUUGGACUAACAGAAUUUUUUAAUGACAAGCUUUUGGGAGAACCUCCCUUUCUCAAGUCUGAAGCAUUUCUGAGCAACACGACACAUAGAAUUCAAAUUUGAGUUGUGAUACAGGGGUUAAAGCGACAUGAGUGUAGAUAAGACACAGGUUUGUUUGAAAAUAGACACCAUUUUUGCAGAGAGUCAUAAAUAUCUUUCUGAAGAGCAGAGUGAGGGGGGAGAAAGGGAGAAGAAAAACACUUUAUACAUGCACACACACAUAAAUAUGUAUAUGUGAACGCAUAAACACAUGUACAUAUACAUAAACACAUAUACAUACAUGCACAUGAACUCAUAUACACAAAUAUAAAUGCACAGUCACAUAUAUAAGCAUACAUGCACAUGGGAAAGCAUAGGUCUACACAUAGUACUUUGUAUAUAGAUAUAAUAAACAUAUAGGAAUGCAUUUCAAAAAAGGUUGAUACAUAUGACAGAACAGUAAGAUAAUGCUGGGAGAGUGUUCAUGUAAAGUGUUGGUAGUGGGACAGGAAACCCAAAUAUUUAGUCCUCUAUUCUUGCUGUUAAACCAUUUAAUCAUUCUGGCUUCAAACGCUUUUCUUUCCUGGAUAUUUUUAAAACCCCCUUUCAGUACUUUGAUUUUUAGGUCCUUCAGUGAGUGGCCAGGCUGGGUAAAGGGGUGUCCCACAGGAGUGCAGUACAAUCCUUCUGUGUGGUGUUUAAUAGAGUGUCCAAUAAAAAAGGUAUUACAAGAUAUAUAUAUAUAUAUAUAUAUAUAUAUAUAUAUAUAUAUAUACACACACACACAAUUAAAACAUUUUUAAAAUAAUUUAUUUUUAUUGCAGGUAUGUGCUGAUCAGCAAACCAAAUGAGUGGUCUGAUGCUUUACGUUGCAAAUUUCUUGAAGGAUUUGAUGUGUUUCUGGAAUUACUAAAAUGCAUGCAGGUACUUUUCAAAAACAGUCAUAGAUUUACAGGGUAUCUGCAAUUUUGUUAAAAUUAUAAAUAACCCGUGGCUGUCAGUAGCAUUUUGACUGAUUUUAUAAUCUGGCUGCAAAAUAGCAGAAAGCCAAUCAGAAUGUCAAUUGAAUAUGUCCGUUCUAUUCUUGUGUCUUUGCAACUCCCAAUAUCUGCUUUCUAGGUAGCAAUUUAUAAAGCAGUGUUAAAAAAAAAAAAAAUCAAUAAGUUCUCUUGAGUGCGAUGGCCUACCUUUCAUCUGUCUCUUACAGGUGAUAAUGUUAUUAAGCUUUUCUUUUUUACCCGGCGCUCUUCUAACACCGUACCCUUAUCUCCGACAUUAAACUGACAUUAAACUGAAUUCAUGUAUUCCAUUAAUUUUACUAGUUGUUGAAUUCAAUGCACCUCAAAUAAUACUACAAAUUUUACAAAUUACAUAUAAUCCCACCACCACAAUUUUCCAAACCCGCUUUUCUGUGUGCAUAUAUGUGAAAAUGUUUGCAAAUGUAUUUGUAAUGCACAUGUGACUGCAUGUAGGGACAUUAUCUAUUCAUCACAAUUGCAUCAUUAAGCUAGUUUUUUUGGUGUCUACAGUGCACAUGCAUUAAAGGGACAUGCCAGGCACUCAGACCACUUCUGCCCCUUGGAGUGGUCUGGGUGCCACUACCCUUAACCCUGCAACUGUAAUUAUUGCAGUUUUCAUAAACUGCAAUAAUUACCUUGCAGGUUUAAGUCCUCCCCUAGUGGCUGUCUACUAGAGGGCACUUCCGGCAUCAUAGCACAGAUUAUCUGUGCUAUCGCGUCGCUGGAUGUCCUCACGCUGUGUGAGGACCUCCAGCGUCGCUAAAAUCCCCUUAGGAAAGCAUUGAAAAGCAUUUUCAAUGCUUUCCUAUGAUGAGGUCUUAUGCGCAUGCACGGCAUUGCCGCACAUGCGCAUUAGGUCUCCCCAGCUGACGGGCGGGAUCAGUCUCCCCCGCCGGCUGACGUAAUGAAGGGGAGGAGUGGCGACGUGGGACAUGUCACUGCCUCUGGUAAGUGACUGAAGGAGUUUUCACCCCUUCAGCAACUAGUGUGGGAUGUGGGAGGGAGAGGGGGGACCUGCAGUGCCAGAAAAACUGAUUGUUUUCCUGGCACUGGAGAGUCCCUUUAACUCAUCCUCUAUGCCAUUUCAUAAUAUUGAGUUGUCCUUUUCUACUUAUUACCAAACUAGAAAGUCUUGCUUAUUACAAAAAUCUCUGUAGAACAGGAAACUUCAAUGAAUUGAUGCAAUAUAUUUUUGCAAAGUGGUGUUUAAAUGCAUAUAGAUCCAUUCUUUAAAUUUUCCUUGUUUUUAUUUUAUUAGGGAAUGGACCCGAUAACACGUCAGGUUGGACAGCACAUUGAGAUGGAGCCUGAAUGGGAGGCCGCCUUCACAUUACAGAUGAAAUUAACACACAUCAUUUCAAUGAUCCAAGAUUGGUGUUGUAGUGAUGUAGGUGCUAUACAUGAAAUGGACUUUAUUGGUCUCCAUAAUUUAUCGGAUUACGAUUCCUGCUGUCAUUGUACUUGGUUUGACAAGUAUGAUGGUUACUACUAUUGUUGUCCAGCUCUGCGCUGUAUUUGAAAUACUGGUUUCAUUUAGUUUGUUUCAUUAAAACAAAACUUUAUAUUAAAUAAGAGGUCCAACCUCUCUGCCCAUUGACUUGCUGAAAGGGCAGACUUUACUUUGUAUCACCUCAAACUGGCUGGUGAUAUGACAUGAGUGCCAAACUCCACGAAAGGCCACGAUCACAAGACAACAGUCCAAAGACAAUACUGUUUUACUGGAUCUUGGACUGAUGGGUUUUAUAUAAUGUUGUUUGCUGCUCAGGACAGCAGUGUGUAUGUAUCAAUAUUUAUGGAACUAUUCCAUUGUAUUAGUAACACUUUCAUUUAUAUAAUGGAUUCCAGACCUUGUGUCUAGCAAAAUGUACUAUAAACUGAGAUUUGAAGACACUUUUUAAAUGUUUGUUUCUAGGAGCAAGUCCUUGUUGAAGCAUACAAGAAGUGCCUUAUAGCUUUGAUGAAUUGUCACAGUGGUUUCACUGAUGGAGAACAGCCCAUAACCUUGAGUAUUUCUGGCCAUUCGGUAGAGACCAUACGUUACUGUGUUUCCCAAGAAAAAGUCAGCAUUCACCUCCCUAUUUCACGGCUCCUUGCAGGUAAGUAGAGAAAGCUACGUUUUAUUAAUGUUAGUAAUUUCUACUGUCAAAUUGCAUUGUGUUUUGAUAUUGUGUUCUUUGGGGAAGGAAUAAACUCAAAGAAUACAAGAAUGUUCUGAAGUCAAAAUGCAUUGCAGGGCAUCCUCUAAAGGAAGUAUUACUGAUACCCAUAUGAGUGCACUUACAGCCUUUAAUUGCGGUCCAAGGUUGGGCAAAUCCGGACAAAUGAUGCAGAAAAGAAUUUCAAAAUGACAUGUGCAGCUUCAGAUGGGCUGUGCUUUGGGUGAUAAAAAUCCUUGUUUUUGUUAAACUGCUUGAAAGUGGUUUGGUUUGAAAAUAUAAGAUCAUCAGUUUUAGAUAGAUUGAGUUUCAGGAAGUGGAAAGUGGGCAUUCUAGAACAGCAGGGGAGGUGAAAUAUAUUUGAGUGGCAUCCAAAGGAAUUAAUACGUUUUCCAAGAUUCUGAGUAUAAAGAGAAUACAAAAAGGGACUGAGAACAGAGCCUUUGGGGACUCCAACUGAGACAAGAUGAAGGAAGGAGGUGUCAUUAGAAAUGGAGACUCUGAAUGAACGUUGAGAGAGAUAGGACAAGAGCCAUAGGAGGACAGUGUCAUAGAGGGAUUGGAGAAUAUGAUCCACUGGGCCUAAGGCAGUAGUGAGGUCUAUAAGAAUUAGUGUAGACUAGUGUGCUCCAGUUAAUUAAAUGUGCCUAGGGAUUUGGAAUAGUGCACAGGUAACUUUUUAGUUGUUGUUUUUAUCUUUUUUUUGUGUGGGUUUUUUGUUUGUUUUUUUUGGUUUUUUUGGAAUGUAUGAAAUGACUUUCUAUAGCUGCAGAUCUAAUAUCGGCUGGUACUGCAAAGCCUGGUUUUCUUCCCCAGCACAGACUUUCUGUGACUGUCCAAUCACAUACUUCAGCAAGCUGAAAUACUUUGUGUUUGGAGUGUUUCUUUAAUUAGGUGCUCUGUGAUGUACACCUUGAAACUGAGAUACAUGCUGGAGCCAUGUGUGAUCUGAACUAGAAUAGACAGAAAUAUACUACAGAAAGGUGGGAUAAAAAGGCAUUCCCACCUGAUAUUGAGAACGGAAGUGUAUGUAGUAUAACAUCUCUAACACAGGUCUCUUGGUUAAUUAUGUGCAUAUACCAUGUUGUGUAGUUUUGCAUUUUAUUUUAUCUGUUCACAUUCGUUAUUGAAAAUGUUUGCCUAAACUUAUCAACUAUAUAAUUUAAACCCUUUUAUAUAUUAAAUUGAUUGCUGAUAUUCAGUUAUAAUAUACUAUUAAUUUGAGUAGAUAUAAGAACUGAUUAAAGGAACAACUAUAUACAUGAGACGCUUGCAGCCAAUUAAGAGAGCAGGAUAUAGGAAAUUCUGUGCAAUAAGGGAAGCUAAAAUCUUUAGACUUCUUUUUCAGGAUGUGUUUAACCCCUUAAGGACACAUGACAUGUCAUGAUUCCCUUUUAUUCCAGAAGUUUGGUCCUUAAGGGGUUAAAGAGAUUGUGCGAGUUUAGGCCAGGGGAGACGUGGCUACAUAAAAAAAGUGAUUUAACUCAGAACACUUAGCAGUGGCACUUCAGGGGCAUGAUCUAUAUACACAAACUACUUCAUUAUACUUGUUUUUUUAGUGUUUACAGUGUCACUUUAAGACUGGCGGAGUGCCCUUAAAAAAUGCCAUUCAUAAUCAUCUGAAGUUUAAGCAUCUCUGGCCUAAAGCAGUGGUAACCAACAGGUUUAUUGAUGGCAUGAGUGUAAAUAUGUAACCAUCUCAACAAUUCUACCGUAAAGCUGAAAAUACCCAUAGUCUACGUGUAAAAAAUCCUUUCAUUGGACGUGAGUGACAAACUGAGCCCAUUAUGUUCAAACACGGUUAUGCCAAAAAUCUGGCAAAAAGCUUUGUAUCAAUCGUUUCGGGAAAAGACAAUUAAUUUAAGUAAUCACCAAGUGAUCAUCGGUCACAUCUGUGCCUAAAGUGCAUAGGACAUCUAAAUUAAUGUUGGUCUUAUUGUGAAUUCCCAUUAACCUCGAAUUAGAGAAUGCAUUUUUGAUAGAUGCAAAAAUACAUUGUGCCCAGAGGGUAAAAACUUACCUAGUUAAGUUAUAGUGCAAGGAAAACAUACUUGUGAGGAAGGGGUUAAACACAUACCUUUUCUCCAGUGCCGGGCUCCCUCGGCGCUGGGGACUCUCCUUCUCCUUUCCCGUCAUCGGCUGAAUGCGCAUGAGCUGCGCGCGCGCAUUCAGCCAGUCUAUAGGAAAGCAUUUUUUAAUGCUUUCCUAUGGAUGCUGGCAUCUUCUCACUGUGAGAAGCGCGGAAGACAGCCACUAAAGGCUGGAUUAACCCUAAUGUAAACAUAGCAGUUUCUGUGUUUACAGCAGAAAGGGUUAAUCCUAGAUGGACCUGGCAUCCAGACCACUUCAUUAACCCCUUAAGGACCAAACUUCUGGAAUAAAAGGGAAUCAUGACAUGUCACACAUGUCAUGUGUCCUUAAGGGGUAAAGCUGAAGUGAUCUGGGUGCCUAUAGUGGUCCUUUAAGAAAUUAGUUUAUGCAUUUAGUCCUGCAUUUUUAACUAUUUCUGUUUUCAUGUAUAGGAUUACAUACUUUGCUGAGUAAAAGUGAAGUGGCUUAUAGGUUUCCAGAGCAACUACCUUUUGUAAGUAUUCUUUAUAUAGAGUGUAGAUAUCAUUGUGUUCAUUUGUCUUUGAAAUGUGUCCUUUCUUCUUUAUGCCCUAUAAAAUGUGUGGCUAAAAUGCAACAUUAAAAUAUAGAUUACUACAACAGACCAUGGAGUACCUGCAAAUCUGUGCCUAUCUCCCUGAAAAUAUUACAGAUUAUGCCUUUACAUGAUACACUUGCAUGUGGAUUGAGUAGCUCAGUGUACGAGUUCUGUUUAAAUACUCACAUGCAGCUAAUCUGAUAUUCCAUACGUUUCUGGGUGACGUUCACUUUAGCUACUGCAGAUUGCGUUUUUGGGAAAGUGAAUCAAAGGUUUAAAUACCCACAGCAGUAAUUUUAAUGUGUACAGUGCAUGUUUUAAUACAUUUUUAAAAAUCAAUAAAAUACUAGACAUUGUACUUCAACUUUUAGAUAUCAAUAUAAAAUAUUUGAGGUAAAACAGAGAUUAUCACACUGGCAUGGUUGCUGCAUGCACUCCCUAUUGCAGGGGCUGUAUAUUGUCUUAUAUUUGUUUUUCUCUAAUGUUCAUAUGUAAUCUGUUUACUCUACUUUCCCACAGAGUGAAUUAAGCCCACCAAUGCUGAUUGAACAUCCACUGCGUUGUUUGGUGUUAUGUGCCCAAGUACAUUCAGGAAUGUGGAGAAGGAAUGGCUUUUCUUUAGUCAAUCAGGUAAUUAAUACCAUUGUCAACCCUUCUGAAUUAUCAGUAGCUCAUGCAGUAGUCAAAUCAAGCCUUACGUUACAAAAGAUGUUAUUUAUUGUAGUUGAAAAAGUUGUCAUUCUAUCAACCAUCGUCAUUAUUAUUUAGAAAGCUCCGACAAAUUCUGCAGGGCUGUACGAUAGGAUGUACCUGUGUUGAUUUAUUGUAAAACUGCAUUAUGUUGCUGAUUAAUGUUAUUUGCAACAUGUUCUACAACGCUAUACAAUUUUCAAUUUCAAAACCGUUUUAUUCUCAACAGAUUUAUUACUAUCACAACGUAAAGUGCCGAAGAGAAAUGUUUGACAAAGAUAUUGUAAUGUUACAGGUAAGCGUCAUUCUUAUAUUGCAGAUUUCAUGUAUGGAUUGAAUUGUAAUGACUUCAUUCCUGUGUUUGUGAAUGACGGGUUCAAUUUAAAGGGAAACUAUACCAAAACAGUUUUAACUAAAUGAAGCAGUUUUGGUGUUAUAGAUCAUGCCCCUGCAGUCUCAUAACUCAAAUCUCUGUCAUGUAAGAGUUAAAUCACUUUGUUUAUACUGCCCUAGGCACACCUCACUGUAUGUGACUUGCACAGCCUUCCUAAACACUUAAUGUAAAAAGAUAUCUAAUGUUUAAUGUUUAUACUACCUUUAUUGCAAAUAAUGUUUAAUUUAGAAUUGAUCUCCUGCACUGGUAAUAGCUUGCAUGAGCCUCCUGUAAGUGAUUUUCAGUUUGCAGAACAUGAGAUACUUUUAAAGUAAGUUAACAUUUGAUUGAAAAUUAAAUCAUUGGUUUUUUUUUUGGUAAAUAGCCUUUUAUUGAAGGUUUUCACAUAUCAAGGAAACAAUAAAAUGAGUGUAGAGAAACAGUGUAACAACAACAACAACAAAAAAAACCUUCGAGAUUCGCAGAUCUCUCAAAGUAAGUGAUACUGAUGAGACACGCAGGUCUCCAAGCAUUUAGAUAUUAAACAUAUGUCUCAAAUUUUACUCUACCUGUCAUUGUGUUUUUAUGCAGGCUGUGUCAGUCACAACCAGGGGCUAGGGUUGCAUAAACUUGAAACAAAAGUGAUUUAGCUCAUCAAUGUCAGAGAAUCGAGCAGUAAGACUGCAGGGGCAUGUUUUAUACACCCAAACUGCUUCGUUAAGCUAAAUAUGUUUUAGUGACCAAAGUGUCCCUUUAAGAGAAGAAAAAAAUAUAUAUGUGAAACUGUGGGUGCUACACUUAUAAGGAGACAUACAGCACAUCUUUAGCAAAUCGUAUUCCUUUGAUUAUUACUGAGCAAGUGACCUCAUACCAUUUGUAUACCUGAUAAAUAUCUUGCAGAUAUAGGAGAAAUAGGACUGUCUGAAAGAUUUUUACCUCUUUCUGGAUGGUGUCAUGGGCAUAUUUGGUUGCUCACAGCCCACACGGACACUGCACUGGACAUGUUUCCAGAUGCACUUCUCCACAGUACAUGCUUCUAUUUAUGUACUUAUAUUAAUUUGGUCUGUGAGUAGAAAAGUAAACAGGUACUUAAAUUCUAACUAUCCAGUGUUAGACAUGUCUUGAAUAAUUCUUUAAGACCCAGGUUUCUUGUAUAACCUAUACUCUUCGAUAUAAAAAUUCAGUGAGUAUUUUCUUUGCUUUUAUUCUCUUACCAUGAAUAUUUGUUGUAUCUAGUUAAGGUCCUCUAUAUUGUAGAUUUCUAUUUCGAACUAUACAUGUUUAAUAAACUCCGCACACUUGAUGAUAUUGGAUGGCAACUACCACAAUUCUCUGGAGUGUGUGGACUCUUUUAAGAAUCUGAGAGCUACAAUCUGACCUCAUCUGAUAAUGCCUGAAUAAAAAAUAUUCAUGAUUUAGUUUUCCUUCCAUCACUGCUUCUAUUCUAGGCAGGAGCAUCUAUGAUGGAUCCCAACCACUUUCUGAUGAUCGUGCUCAGCCGUUUUGAACUCUUUCAGCUGUUUAGCAAUCCAGAUUAUGGAAAAAGAUUUCGGAAAGAAAGUACAAACAAGGUACUACUGGCACAAUCUCGCACGCUGCUCGAUUAGAUAUAUAAUUACUAAAUAAAUGCCACAGAACUGAGGAAGUGGUUAAUAUAUGUACCUGUAGUAUAAUUACUUAAAAUAAUAUUUAUGGUUAAAAUGACCACUUGCAAAUCUUCCUCCUAUGAUGAUACCCGAUACGGUAAUUAUCUUCUUUGUUUAAAAAAAUGAACACCAUUUAUUGAUGGUGCAGGAAUAUGGUUGAACGCUCUCCUUAGACUAGUUGAUGUGACCGUCCUUUUUCCCUUUUAUAUGUGCAGGAUAUUAUACAGCAGAACAAUACACUAACAGAAGAAAUGCUGCACUUGAUCAUAAUGGUUGCUGGUAAGAUUUUUCUUUCUUUCUUUUUCAAUAGAGCUGUGCAGGUAAAGCAGCACAUGUAAAAUAAAGUAUAAAAUGCAUACUUAGACAGUCAACUAAGCAAAAUAUGGUAAAUUAUUACAGAUUAAAAAAAACAAGUGUGGGCAGACCUCUACAUCUCGUGGUUCGGUCGUAUAAACGCAAUAAAAAUGAAUAUGCUCCCGCGCAUUCUGUAUCUUUUCCAGACAAUCCUGAUCACCAUCCCUCAGGCUUUUUUCCCACACCAUUUCCACUGCGAUUCGACCCUUCGUAUGGAAAAGAGGAGCACCAAGAAUCAGCAGGCACCAAUUGGAGCUACCCAAAUUGCAGGGGGGAGCGGGACUCCCCUCGAUCAUUGGUUACUACCGAGCAACCCAUUUGCUGAGGGUCACUGACUGGCACUCACAUCCGACUGAGAAACUAUGGGUGCGGGCAGAAUUAGCACAGGCCGAGGGGAAAAUACCCUCGGAACUAUGGAGGACGGGAAUUACACCGAACGCCCUCAGCACUGGCAAUCCUUUGAUAGACGCAACCCUAAAGGCGUGGUGUGCACUCCGAUACCCUCAACAGCUGACGACACAUAGCAGCCCGCUCACACCCCUCACCCAUAAUCCAGACAUCGGAGGAGGACUGACACCUGCAGACCUAAAAAACUUCGGCUGGUCAGAUUAGUCCUAUAUACGCCAAUGGUGCAACAAUGGCGCCCUAAAAACCCUACCCGAACUAAUCCCAGAUACUGGCCCAACGAUGCUCGACCGGUUUCGAUACCACCAGGUCAAAUCCUUCUACAACUCCGCAACAGCCAAACAACAAUUCCAUCGAGACCCCACAUAUUUUGAAAAAAUAUGCAUCCGUAGGCGACACAUCGAGAGAGGGAUCUCGACGCUAUACGCACUGCUUCUGGAGGGUGAGAAUAGACCACCACCGAAAUACAUCGCCAGAUGGGAGAGAGAGACAGGGGAGGUACUUGAAGCCCGUGAAUGGGAUAAAAUAUUCCUACUCACACACACAAGUUCUAUUAGCUCAAAAUUUCAGGAGAUGAGCUAUAAGCUACUAACUACCUGGUACCGAACCCCUGACACACUACAUUGCAUGAACCCAGACAAUGACGAGAAAUGCUGGCGAUGCAGAGCAGAGAGAGGCACCAUGAUCCACAUAUGGUGGACCUGCCCGGCCAUCGCCCCCUUCUGGGAGAUGGUAAACACCAAAAUACGGGAAAUAUCGGACCCGGAGUUCCCGCUCCAACCCCUCUCCAUGCUACUACAUCACACCAGCAUAUCACUGAAAACCUACAAAAAAUCCCUCGCUAGACACCUAUUGACAGCAGCUAAAUCACUGAUACCCACCCUGUGGAAAAGAUAGUCCGCCCCCACCUUCCAACAAUGGGUGGAUAGAGUGGGAGAAAUACAUACCAUGGAGUCCAUGACAGCAGCCCUCCAGGGCCGCUCGGAGAAAUGUCAUCUAACCUGGAUCCUCUACAUCGCGGCAGCAGGCUCAGCCUCAUGAAAAACUACACUUCGAUCAGGAACUGAACCCCUCUUCCUCCUUGCUCCUAAUCUUGCUUCCUCUUUUUCCCAGCUAGACUGCUCCCACCAUCCUACCCCAUAUACCCCCUCCACCUUCUUGACUACUCCCUGACUAGACCACCCCACACCAUGUACUAGACUAAGACAUUCAAUCCAAGAGAACAUGUAAAGAAAUACUAUACCAAACAUGGAACCAUAGAGGGACAGUAGAUAGAACCCACAAAAACGAUACUAAGGGACAGAUACACACAAGAUACCCUAAAAGCCUAAAAAUUGAAUGGCCCAUAAGCAAGGUUUACCGCACAAUAGACCCCACCACUUUCAGCUCCAGAAGCAACCCAACAACUCACAGGCAAUACCCCCACAGGGCACGCGCACCCACGGGACAUAUCUCAUCCUCAUGCUCCCCCAACUACAGAAAAGGACAUACCUUACAGGGUACGUGCACCUGGACACAGGUGGGGCGGGUCAGGUUACCCCAUCCACAGCAUCUGAAAAACCCUAAACAAACAUCUGCUAGGAAGUUCCGCCACGAGCGGACUCACCCACACAUACAGCCUCUGUUUACCCGCCUCAGGCAGGGUUCCACACCCUUCUCGUGAAUAUCACGCUCUGGGCUGCAAGAAGGCCCAAAUGGUUAGGGGUAUGAGACUAUGAAAGCCAUAUGACACUCACAUAUACCGAAUGGGUUGAAUUGCAAUAGAUAACAGGCAUACCCUCCAGCUCUCAACUAACGUGUGAUCUGUAAACAUGAAAAUAAGUAAUGCUAUGCAAUUAUGGUUGUUUAUUACUGCAUUUCUAUACUCCAAAUCACUGUUCGACAUCCCACCCUCUCUUCCUUCUGUAAACCCCACCUUUUACUUGUUAAAAUUGAAAAACUGAAUAAAUAAAUAAAGAUUGUCGAAAAAUAAAAUAAAAAAAACAAGUGUGGGAAACGGAAUUGGGGUUAGGGAGCGAUCAAUAUUUUGGGAUAGGCAAGCAAAAAAAUAGAGGUGCUAUAGAAUACAGCUGAAGUAUUAGCACAAGUAAACAUACAACAUAUUUAUAAAAUAAAUGGACAAGUGGUAUGAGUAAAGAAAUACUAUUUGAGUGUAGCAUUCUAGGCACCAUACCGACAGCCUCUUUCAGUGGUUAUGGUGCCAGGAAUCCCGUAAAGCUGUCCUUUUAUUAUGAGCCAAACCAUUUUUGACCAGGCUCAGUUUGUCAUAACGCUAAAGUGGAAGUUGUAGCCUAUGAAUUCCAUCCGAAAACGGACGGAAUCGAUUUUGCUAACAUUGGAAGUAUUAAUGUUACAGUUUCAGACAUCUGUGAAUAGUUGGUGUGUCCAUCUUUUCAAAAACAGUUUGACUGUCAAGGGGGAGGUGCCAGGGGAAAUUGGGUUGUUGUGCUUAUGGUGCUUAGAUUGCCCCUUAAAGAAUGCAAGUUUGACACCACAUCCAAGCAACUAUUGGUAGAUAUGUUUUAACCUUUAAUGUGCAAAUAGGAUAAAAAGCCAAAAGCUGUAAUUCCCGAUUGUAACUAAGAAAUUAAUUGAUCGGAGAAUACUUUUUGUUUUUACAUUAGCAGCAACCAUAAACACCUACGCUUUCUGUAUAUGUCAUAAUGUGAAAACAAUUACUCUAGAUCUAAUUGAAUGCCCCCAUUGUGUUAUUAAAUACACAGGAGAAAGAUAUUGCCCAGGAGUUGGACAAGUAACUGCUACAGAUGAGAUAAAGCGUGAAAUUAUACACCAACUGUGCAUCAGGCCCAUGGCCCACAGUGAACUAGUUAAGGCCUUGCCUGAAGAUGUAAGUGAAAUCAAAGCUGGAUUAAUUAUCACUGAUGUGUUUAGCUGCCUAGGUUGGAAACAUACCUAUAUUGUGCCAAUCAGUGGUUAUUCUGCUAAAAUUAUAUGCAUUGAACUAGAAGCUGGGAACCCCUCCCUCUGACCCUCCUACUCUUAAAGUCCAGUUCUUGUCUAAUUUUUUGAAUCAUGACUCUCUUAAUUAACUAGUUCUGGAAUUGGAUAACGGUUUUGUUGCCAGUUAUUCUUUCUAUAAAUGCAUACAUGAUUACUUUUAAUUUAAAAUGUUUAAAUAAGAAAACUUUAAUUGCAAACCAGUUGCUAGGUCACUAUAACCCUGUAGGCCUCAUGGUGCCUGCAGUGGCACUGUUCAGACCUCCAUUACAAUUUUAAUAUGUGAAAUUUCUUUUGUCAUUAAAUGGAAACAUCAUUGCAGUUUUUUGGCCAUAAAUAGUUUAUGGUUAAAUGUUUCUGGAAAAGAAACCUGUCAUGGAAGGCCAUACUACGAAUUUGAAGUUAGAGGCCCAUACUGCCCCUUUUGUAAAUUACUCUGUUUUUGUUGUGAAUAACUUUGUUUCUGUUAACUUGCAGGAAAACAAAGAAACCGGAAUGGAAACAGUGAUUGAAUCUAUAGCCUCAUUUAAGUAAGUCCCAGUUAUGGUCUCAAAAAUAUUACACAUGACAAUUGUUUCAUUGGAAUAAUCUUCUAAUUUGUUUUUUUUAUUAUAUUUAGAAAACCAGGUCUAACAGGCAGAGGACUUUAUGAGCUCAAGCCUGAAUCUGCCAAGGAGUUCAAUCUAUAUUUUCAUCACUACUCGAGGGCAGAACAAUCUAAGGUAACCUUCCAGACAUAUUUUUUUGCUUUUAAUUAGAAUAAACCAUGAGAUGAGAAACUGGCUUCUCUGACUUUCUUAGCAGCAAAAUCUAGGUGACAAAUAAAAUGGGGCAGAGGAAGGGGGAGUUGUCCAGUGGAGAGAGGCAUACCAUGUGGAAGAAUAUGGGAAUUUCAACAUUACUGAAAAUCUACUAAAAAAAUAUUUUAAACUAUUUCCAUCGUACCUACACCUUGUGAUAUGAAUACACAAUCGAAUGGAUUUUAGCUGUGAUUUUUGUCCAAGAGAGGCUUAACUGUUUUCCCAGUAAAGUAGCCAUGGUGUCUACCAGGUCCUGCAACCAUGCAGCUGCCCAAGUAAUUUUAUUCUAUUGAUCUAGACCGAAAGAAAGCCCAAAGGAUGUAAAAUAAUUUUGUGCUGUUUAAAAAAUAAAAAAAAAGCAUGGGUUUUCCCAGCUCAUAAAGCUUGGCCGAGCUGCUCACAGUUCAAUGAAGACACUGUUUAUGCAGAAAAUUAAUCUAAUCAAAAUGAUGUAUUAACUGUGCAAUGGGUGUUUUUUUUCUUUCAGGCAGAGGAAGCUCAGCGCAGAUUAAAGAAGCAGAAUGGUGAAGAUACUGGUAUGUAAUCUAUCCUUGUUUUUUCAAUAAAUGUAGCUAAAAUGCAACACAUAGUUUGAAAUUUUGAGAGAGAUUUGUGCCAUACCAACAAGAUUUGUACUCUUAAGUAGGUACGCUGAAAAAGCCAGCGUCCACCCGAGAGAGCAGUAUGACAAAUAACAUUUAUGCAAUCUUCAUAUUAAAAAAAAUAUAUAUAUAUAUUGUUUUACAUAAAUGUAAAACUUUUUUUUUUAUUAUUCUUUUUUUCGCAGUCAACUUGUGAUAGACAUUGUGUAUGACAUAUUCAAUAAAGCAUAACAUUGCGGUUAACCAUUUACAUGCAGUUGGUAGGAUAUCAAUGUAGCCUGCGUUUUUUUUUGUUUUUUUUUAUUGUAAUGUAGCGUGUUACUGCCAUAUACCUGCCUCCAGUGCUCGUGGUAGUGGAGAUAUAUAUCUAGGGCAUGCAUGGCCGUACGUUUAGCAAAAAUGAGUGAGAAGUAGUGUGUCUCUAGAGCGGACCAGACGCUGUAGGAGUGCAGCUCCACAUGGUUGAGUGGGUGUUAGUGGAUACUAGCGUGGAGCUGGGGGGGGGAGAGGGGGGUUGGUGGACUUUAGGGAGCCUGUGUUCCCGGGUUAAUCCCGGUCGCGGCUCAUUUAGGAUUGUCUGGUGGGAAAGAAGGUUACGGUCGUUCCCUGCUUGCGUUGUAUAUGUAGAUGCGUAGCAUUUAAGUGUUGGCUGAGUAAAGGAAAAUACAAUAAUAACUAAUAACUUAUGCUGUGCUAACUGUGCAUCUGUAAGAUGCUGGCCCCAUGAGGCACGUAUGUCGUAAUAGGUGAGAAAACAAGAUUUAAACUAAAAUAAACAGAGAAAACAGUCUCCAGAGUCAAGUGUUUGCUCGGCUGGGUAAACUCCUACUCGCCGGGAUGGACGGGAUAGCGUUAGCCGGGUCCCAAGCUGUCGGUGCAGACGUUGCGGUGUGAUUCAGGCCCAGUGUGGUCAGAGUUGCCUCGAUCUCUGAUGCCUCAGUCACCCUGAUCUGUGUUCUGAUGCUGGAUGAGUAGCGCUCGCGUUGGGCCCCAGCGGUAUUUGAGUCCCUUUGACGAUAAUAUGGAUGUGAGGGGACAUAGUGUUUGAAAUUUGACCAGUAUGUCGCUGGUGUUGGAGGCAGUGGCUGAGGGAGGCCUGGGGAGCCGAAACAUCCCAUCCAGUGUAAUGCCCCUGGCUUGUUUGGGAGAGAGAAGGGCUGUGAAGAGCCUGCGCAAGCAGUGUGGUAAUUCUGCCUGGGUGAUAUUGUCUGUGAGACCCCUGAUUUUCAGGUGUUUCCACCUUCUUCUAUCCUCCAUGGCUGAAAGGUGGUGGCUUAGAGUGUUGUGAGCUGUGGUGAGGGUACCAAUCUGGGUCUGUAGCUCCAGGAUUUGGGCUGUAUGUGUUGUGGUGGUCUGUUCGACUGCAUUUAGGCGCCCAUUGAAUCCCUUAAGGUCCUCUCUAACCUGUGAGAUUUCAGAUGACAGACUUUGACGGAGGUCCACCAGGAGGCCGGUGAGUAUUUCUGUGGUGAGCGGUGCUGACCCUUUGGCUGCUGACUGGGCAGAUUUUGGAGGCUGUAUUCCCUGCUCCCCCAGAUUGUGAAGGGAGUAGUCUUCCGAUUCAUCAGAGAAAUCCUCCAGGUCCGCCGCCAUGUCAGUUUGACCUGCUCCAUGCGGCCCUCUCAGGAGGUCGCCGAUAUCGGCGCAGAAUCUGGGUCUGUCUGGUCGGGGUAUUUUGGUCUUCCUCCCCAUCGUUUGUGGUAUCGUCUGGUGCUUUUUGAAGGGGGUAUACACCCCGUAUUUCAGCUGGUUUUAGGCGUUUUUUGCCGGUUAGUUGGAGCUCUGGGAGAUUGCGACCGUUGCUGUUGAGCGCUAGCUCCGCCCCCAGAAACUUUUUUUUUUUUUCAUUGGCAAUUGAAAAAGUUAUUUUUUACGAUAUGGAAUGGGAUGAAAGCAGAUUUUUUUUAAUUUAUUUUUUUUGUCCCAAGUUAGAUUAAUUUGUUAGUAUGGUAGCUAUGAAGGAGGGCUCCUCGCUGUGUGCCUCUCCAAACUUGUGAACUGUUACUGCUGUCAUUGGGUAGGAAACUUUAAUAGUUCCACUGUGACUGCAGUUUCUCUAGUUUUUUUAAAAUUGUAUUUAUUAAAGGAACAUUCUCACAACCUCAUCUCUAUGACAUUUUUAUAAUGGCAGGUGUGCCUGGUUGAGAUCAUAACCCAUUUUCCUACAGUUUAAAGUGUUCUGGACCAGUUCACUGGUAAUGAGGAAAACUAUUUAGUGCCCACUAAACUUGGGUCUCCAUUGGGCACCAAGGCUCAUUCCAUGUCUGGUGACACUUCUGCAGAGCUGAAAAGGCCAGAAACCCUCCUUUCUAGCACAUAUCGACCCCCUCUGCCUGAUCAGUUUCCCUAGGGAAGUAUCGACACCCCGCCUGCUUCACUUCUCCCAGACAAGUAUCGACCCCCCCUCUGUUUGCUUCACUUCUCCCAGAAAGGUAUCGACCCCCCUCUGCCCGCUUCACUUCUCCCAGAAAGGUAUCGACCCCCUCUGUCUGCUUCACUUCUACCAGGCAGGUAUCGACCCCCUCUGUCUGCUUCACUUCUCCCAGGUAGGUAUCGAACCACCUUUGCCUGUUCAGUUUUUCCCAGGCAGGUAUCGAACCACCUUUGCCUGUUCAGUUUUUCCCAGGCAGGUAUCAACCCCUUUGUCUGCUUACCUUCUCCGAGACCGAUAUCGACCCCUUUGUCUGCUUACCUUCCCCCGAGACCGAUAUCAACCCCCUCGGUCUGCUUCACUUCUCCCAGGCAGGUAUCGAACCCCUUGGUCUGCUUCACUUCUCUCAGGCAGGUAUUGACCCCCACUGCCUGCUUCACUUCUCCCAGGCAGGUAUCGACCCCUCUGCCUGUUCAGUUUCUUAUUUAAGUAUGAACAAACAUACAUAACUUGAAAAAGAAACAACAUAAUAUAAUACAAUCACAACUUUCUAACAUAUGGAAAAACCAAUAUAAACAAAACUGUUUAGUUGUUUUCAAUUUCCUAAUUUGCAUAUCACAAUUAUACAAAUCAAUACACUUUUCAUUUUCAGCAACAGAGGGCAUUGGAGAGUUGUAAUACCGAUCCAGUCACCAUGUAUUGGUUGAGAAUAUCACCUGACUGCUCUCAGCCAAUGAAUGGCUACUAUAAUUUACAUUAGCCAGACUGGAACACUUGUCUGUGCUUGCUAGUGACGCCUCUCUGUCGCUGCUGGUGGUGAAGUUAUUCCUCUGCAGUAAAGGGUCCUCCCCAAUUCGACAGCUACAGUCCUUACAUAGAAACAUAGAAUGUGACAGCAGAUAAGAACCAUUCGGCCCAUCUCGUCUGCCCAAUUUUCUAAAUACUUUUAUUAGUCCCUGGCCUUAUCUAAUAGCUAUGAUAGCCUUAUGCCUAUCCCAUGCAUGCUUAAACUCCUUUACUGUGUUAACCUCUACCACUUAGCUGGAAGGCUUAUUCCAUGCAUCCACUACCCUGUCAGUAAAGUAAUACUUCCUGAGUUAUUUUUAAACCUUUGCCCCUCUAAUUUAAGACUAUGUCCUCUUGUUGUGGUAGUUUUUCUUUUUUUAAAUAUAGUCUCCUCCUUUACUUUGUUGAUUCCCUUUAUAUAUUCCAUUGGCUCCUGUACACUCCAGGGAGGUUUACUUUGAAGACCUCUAAAUGGCUAAGAGCUAGUGUUUUCAGUCUAUGACUAGCAGCUUAUUGAAAGUAAUCGUAUAUACAUAGGAAGAAUAGAGGUGGCAGAAUGAGGGAUCCACUUUGGGGUUAAAUCAUUUGAAAAUGUGGGCACCCAGUGAUUCCAUCUCUCAAUGCCAUAAUUGAGUUGUUACUGCAACUGGAAUAAUGUUAAUGCUCCUUUAAUGAAACAUAUUGUGUCAUAAUCAGAAUAGUCGAACAAUCGCCAUGUAAACAGGUACAUUUAAUUUAUUUAUAGUUAUUUCUCCUUUAAAACAGUUUUGCUAGAUGUAAAAUAGUUCUUUGUCUUACUCCAUAAAGUAAUAUGAGAAGCUAUGAACUAAGGUACUAGAAAGGCUUGUUGUUAUUUGUUUAGAUUAUGAGAGGUAUUAUGACAUGAAAUAGACCUUUAAUACAUGAAAAUAUUCUUUUUCAGCUCUCCCUCCACCAGUCCUGCCACCUUUCUGUCCACUUUUUGCUAGUUUGAUAAACAUUCUGCAGUCGGAUGUUAUGCUAUGCAUCAUGGGAACAGUUCUACAGUGGGCUCUGGAGCCUAGUGGUCUUGGCUGGUCAGAGUCCAUGCUGCAAAGGGUAUGUCUAUAAUGUACAUAUGGUAAUAAUGACUAAUAAUACUGAGACUGAAUACUAGAAAUAUUAUAUAACAAAGUGCAGUACAUUUUGACUGGAAUAAUCCCAUAAUAACGUAUAAUAAUAUACUUGCAUUAUAAAUUCCAUAACAAAAACCUAAAGGAAACCAUAAAAACUAAUUUUUAUAAGGCAUGAACAAAAAAGUGUAGUUAGUUUGACCAGACUCGUACAUUCCAACAAGCAAACCCAGAUUAUGACAUUUUAAUCUAAACAUCUGGAAUGUUUCAUUUGUGUUUGUUUCUCCAGGUCCUGCAUCUUAUUGGCAUGGCAUUACAGGAAGAGAAUCAACUCUUACAGAAUGUCUGUGAGGACAAUGUUGUCAAUUUCAAUUUCAGUGAAAAGAUUUCAAGUAAGCUUCAAUCACUGGAUGUGUUUACAAGAUCGAGAUCAGGGUGUAGUUUGUCCCUUAUUAAUACAGUAUAUACAAUUGUAAUACUGUUAUCCAAAUGCUUAGAAGUUGUUUGCAUGUCCGAUUGAUUUCAGCGUAUAAAUAUCGGUGUGGAUAAACGCUUGAAAAUACAUAAUAGAUAAAUGAGUCAGCAAACCCUGUAAGACAGGGGAACUCUGUUUAACCUCUAUAUAACAAAUAUAAACAAAACUGGAAAAAGCAGAACAAGUUGCGCUAAAUGAAAAUUAUGAAAAAAAGUCCAGCCAGAUAAUGUCACAAAUUUUCAAUGUCCCGUAUUCUUUCUUCCAUAAUGGAUUUGGCAUCACUUGACAGGUACAUUCUACUUUCUGUUUUUGUGUAUGAAACUGUGUUGUGAUACUUAGUCCAUUGUGGAAGAACAAAUGUGGACAUUAUACAACUGACAUUGACAUUUUCAUUUGGCACCACCUGUGCUGCCUUUUUCAGUUUUGUUUAGAUUUGUAAUAUUGAGAGUUGACAUCACAGCAGCAAGGUGAAUUAUCAUGCAAUGGGAAUUGGAGGUUAGUUUGUGGCGAUCACCCACUCUCAUUGUGUAGAAGUCGCCAUCAACCAAAGGGAAAAUGGAGAAUUCCAAACCAGAAGUCCCAUGAUAAUAAACCUGCCAUGUAACCAAAUCAAAUGUGAGAUUAUUUUAAAUUACUAGGUGAUAAGUAAUCUUUCACCAGUGGUAGCACAAAAAUCCAAAUGUUUGUGGAGUCAGAACACACCAAAUGCUGCUCCUCCUUUCAGCCCAUGAAGGGUUAUAAACACAUUUUUGUUUAUAGCUGGCAAUGACAAAAUCAUUUAUGGGUCAGUCUAUAAAAGUUAUAUGUUUUUACAUGGAUUGGCAGCUCCAUUUCCUGCUUAUGAGCAGAUUUUUUCUAAUGGUCCCACCAUUGUGUGUCUGACUUUCCCAGAUAUUUUCCCCACGUUUUAAUAUUUUACAGUACGUUUGCACUUUAAUGCCGUACAAUGAUUAAUAAAUCCUUACUGUCUGGUGCUAUUGAUACUCUUUUCUACAAUGUGAAUGAUGUUUAAUGUACUUUUGUUAGGACCUGGGGAACCUCCCAGCACAUCUCCCAGUAUACUGGCCACGUUAGAAACUCUGCAAAAUGCUGCCCAUUUGGAAGCGCACAAAGAUAUGAUACGCUGGAUACUAAAGGUAACAUUACAUUUCAGAAUGCGUUUUGGUUUUUUUAAACACAAUCAAAUAAAAUUGCUCUCUUCCUGUAGGCACUUGUUUUUGUUUUACAAUGUUUGUGCAUCAUAACACGGGUACGUUUUAUUUUCUAUUUUGUAGACAUUUGGUGCUAUUAAGAAGAUCAGAGAGAGUUCCUCAGCAAGCCCAGUCUUAGAGACAGAAGGCAGUAUUUUGGAGGAGGUAUGGUUUUCACUUCCUUUCAUUUACGUGUUUAUCCCAACCGCGUGUUCUGAUCAUAAAGAAACAAUUAACGUAUUCACAAAUAUCUGGUCCUGACCACUGCAGGAGUUUAUUAAGUACAUUGAUCUGUAAUAUUUUAUUUUGGAUUUGGGACUGUCUAGUAUGUUUUAUUCAUGCAUAUAGUGGUAUUUAUUUAUUUAGUGGUUUGGUUAAGUGGUCCGUAUUUUUCAUAUAUUUCAGUUGGAUCUGAGCUACAUUUUUAGUGCUUCAUGGGAAAUAUCGUUCAAACUCUGAAUGCCAUGUUCAUCUGUUAUUUUCAUUGUUGCUCCAGGUUUGGCUAUUAUGUUAACCUUUGCAGCAUCCUCAUUUAAUGAGUAAACACUAACCACAAUUUAAAUUUUUUUAAAGAGACUGCACACACCAUCAUUGUUCACAUAAGCUGUGUUUUUAUCUUUAGGCAAGUGUUCUUGUUUAGAAUAAAGAAAAACUUUGUAUCUCACAGAGUACUCGGGAUAAAGACAAAGCUGAGAGGAAGAGGAAAUCAGAGAUUGCAAGGCUUCGAAGAGAAAAGAUCAUGGCCCAAAUAUCAGAGAUGCAGCGUCAUUUCAUCGAUGAGCAUAAGGAGCUUUUCCAACAAACAGACGAAAUUAGUGCAACGACAUCCUCUGCCUGUGAUCAUGGGUAAAGUCUCAUUUUCAUUUUGUGCUAAACCAGGGCUUCCCAUGUCAUUUUUAAAGGCUGUACAGUGUCACCUUUGUUUUUAUUUUAUUAUUUUUUUGUAUGGUAUUAAGGACUCUAUUAAAUUAGAUUUUAGCUAAGUUCAACUUCACAAGGAGCCUUAAAAAAAAUUAAUUUAAAAAAAAUCUGUAAAGCUUAUUAGAUCCUUUAUAAGCACAGUUGGUGAAAACAUUAAGGUAAUAUAACAGUUGAGUAAAAUAAAUAAAACCUCAAUGAUCAGUUUUAUUAUAAUUGCACACAGCCCAAAGUUUCUGCAGGCAUUGCUCCAUAUUACAUAAUUGACUCGCCUGCAAGUCACUAGUACACAUGCACCGUGGAGAGGGUUUGGCUGUGCCAAAGCUCUACAGAUCCAUCUCUAAAUCAAUGUUGACCGAAAAACUUAAUAGUUAUUCAAGUGAAUUUAAAAAGAUUAAGCAAUUUGGCACAACCAAAUCCUGCAUUAUAACCUAGCACUCACACACAGAUAGAUGAAGGAUAAAGAGCAAGUGAAUACCUUUUAUUUAUAAAAAGAUUAACCAAUUUUGUCUGUGCUGACCAUAUAGGCUGAAAACAUGACUAAGUGUUUCUAUCUGUUCCAUAGCCCUGCAAUGUUGGAUACCAAACCUGUUGCAUUAGGUCCUCACCAAACAAAGUUCACAGAAGAAAGGCAGCUUGUUAUUUGCAUUUUGUGCCAAGAAGAGCAGGAAUAUAAAGUGGACAACAAAGCUAUGGUGCUAGCUGCUUUCAUCCAAAGAUCAACUGUUUUCUCGAAGAACCGGAGUAAAAUCAUUGAUAAUCCUGGUAAAUGAAGGCUGCAUACUGAUAUGAGUAUUUUUUUAUAUUAUUCAACUUUAAACAGACUUUCCUAAAGAAUUUAUGUAGCAUUACCUUAAGCCACAAAUUGUCUAGUACAGAGCCAAAGCUGGGGGGAUAUAAGACACUCAUAAACAAAAAAGUGCAGUGCAUUAAUUAUUCUUCUUUGUUAAAACUUGUAACAGAAAAUUAAUUUACAAAUGAAAACUAUUUGCUUUUGCUGAAAGUAUAGUUUCUCUAUUACAAACACUGGCCCUGAUCAUCAAUGCAUGAAUGUGUUUGUUUACACUUUAUUGCACAGAGACAUAUGACCCGUUGUUCAUGCACCCAGACUUGGCCUGUGGGACUCAUACAGGAAGUUGCGGACAUAUAAUGCAUGCUGACUGCUGGCAGAGGUAAUUAUAUUUUAAGAAAAACAUAUAGUGUAUGCAGUUGUUUUGUAAACCAUGUCACGUAUGCAGUGCAUCUUAUAGCUAUGUUUGGAAACUGAUCAAAUACUUUUCAUUCCUGGUAAUUUUUAUGCUUAUAUUAGUGGAGUAUUUCUCACAGACACGUAUUUAAGAAGGUUCCUUCUUCUAGGGGAUAUAUAACUGCUGUCUGAUGUGAACUUUAGUGGGAGAAUAUUAUUCAUUUUUUCCAUUUCCAACAUGUGUCCACGAAAUUCAUUAAAGCUUACAGGCUAAUUUAAAUGAACAAACACACAAACCUUAUUUUGCACGAGGUUGGGGGAAUCCCCUGUAAUUUGUAUUGCUGCUUAUUAUGCAUCACUUUUUUUUUUUUUAAUAAUGAGCACCUAUGUACUCUUUUCUUUGUAAUUUAAGUGAUCGCUUAUCUCUCAUAGGUAUUUUGAUGCUGUACAGGCAAAGGAACAGCGCAGGCAGCAGCGUCUACGUGUCCACACAAGCUAUGAUGUGGAGAAUGGGGAAUUUCUUUGCCCCCUUUGUGAGUGUUUAAGCAACACCGUUAUCCCUAUGCUACCACCACCAAGAUGCUUAUACCACAGGUGAGAACAUUUAUGUACCUUCUGUCAUUUAUUCCGAGCUUUCUGAUGUUUGGUGGAUUAACUGCUUCAUGAAUAAGUUUGUAGAAAACACUCUAUCAUGAGGGUCGUAAAUUGUCAUCUUUUAUGAUGGAGUUAAAAUGCAUUCAUUCAUUAUAGUCUCUUUCAGGUUUUAUGUCUAAUAUUGUAAAUGUCCUAAAUCUGGUCCUAUGCUCCACUUCUACUAUUGAAAAAAUAAAAUCCACAAUGCAGUUAGUUAUUUUUAGUCUGUUUUUUAGAGGAGUAAUUUUCUUAACUUGGAAAGGAUUAUUCUGUGAAUAAUUAACUCAUGUUUCAAACUACAUACAAAGCCGUUAACAUAAUAACAUUUUUUAAAUCUUGUUUAUUUGUUUGGAUUUUGUUUUUGUUUAUUUACUAAGUUUUUCUUCUUCAAUUUGUUUCUUUCUUUUAUAUUUGUUAGUGAACCUGAAUACUCUUCCUUUAAUAGGUUAGAUUUCUCCGAUCAACCUGAUUUAGCCGAAUGGGUUAGUAUUACAGCUCAGCAGGUUAAAGGACUCAAACUCCUGUACUCAGACCAAAGUGAUCCAGGUGAGUUUCAAUCAAUGGUUAUGUGAGCAAAUAUUAUUUAUGUGCCUCAAUUAUUUAUCCCUAAUUAUCUCCAAUUUGAUUUGCAUAGCGGAUUUAGAGACCCCCAAACUUUUGGACCUUCCUGAAGGAUUCCGGACAGAUUUCCAGCCAAAGUAUGUAUUAAACAGCAUUAUAUCUGUUUUGUUUGAUAAAUUCAGUAAUGGGCAGCAGUAUUUACAGGAAUUGUUUGCUUAUUUACACACGUGACUUUUGUCCCCAAACAACCCUACCUUCUGGGAGUUAUAAAGAUUAAGGAACUUUUUUACUGUAAUAUUCUUCUUCAUGGCUGAACCUGGAAGUUUACAUCUGCGUAAUACACUGAUCAAUCACAACAUUAAAACCAUUGACAGGCAAAGUGAAUAACAUUGAUUAUAUUAUUUAUUUAUUUAUAAAAUAUUUUACCAGGAAAGAUAUCAUUACAAGGGUGGGAUAUACUAGGCAGCAAGUGAACUGUCAGUUCUUGAACUUCAUGUGCUGGAAGCAGGAGUAUUGGGCAAGCGAAAAAAAUCUGAGUGAGUUUGACAAGAGCUAAAUAGUAAUGACGUGACAACAGAGCAUCUCCAAAAUGGCACUUUCUGGAGUGGCUAGUACCUACCAAGGAAGUACAACCGGUGAAUCAGUGUAAUGGUCAUCAGCGCCCAAGGCUGGCAAGCUGACUGGUCCGGUUACAAAGAAGAGCUACUCUAGCUCAAAUUGCUGAAAAACCCAAUUCUGGUCAUCAUAAAAAAAAUGUCAGAGCACACAGUGUUUUGCAGUUUGCUUUGUAUGGAGCAGCGUAGCUGCACACCUGUCAGAAUGCCUAUGAUGAUCCCUGCCCACCAAUGAAAGCACCUUCAAUGGAGACGUGGGCAUCAGAACUGGACCAUGGAGCAGUGGGAAAAGGUUGCUUUAUCUGUUGAAUCAUGUUUUCUUUUAGAUCAGGUGGAUGGCCGGGUGCGUGUUCUUUGUUUACCUGGUGAAGAUAUGGUAGUAGGAUGCACUAUAAGAAAAGGGCAGGCCGGCGCAGGCAUUGUUGUGCUCUGGGCAAUUUUCUGCUGGGAUCUUGGGUCCUGGCAUUCAUGUGAAUGUUACUUUGAACUAUACCACCUACAUAGAGAUUAUGGCAGAUCACAUACACCACGUACAGCCCUUCAUGGCAAUAGUGUUCUCUGAUGGCAGCAUCCUCUUUCAGCACGAUAAUAGACCCUGCCACACUGCAAAAAUAGUUCAGGAAUUGUUUGAAAGACAUGACAAAGAGUUCAAGGUGUUGCUCUGGCAUCCAAAUUCUCCAAAUCUCAAUCCGAUUGAGCAUCUGUGGGAUGUGCAUGAACAACAAAUCCAAUCCAUGGAGGCCCCACCUCGCAACUCCUAUGACUUAUAGGAUCUGCUGCUAAUGUCUUGGUGCUAGAUACCACGUCAUGUUUAGUGUUUUUGUAAACCAUGCCUUGAUGCGUCAGAGCUGUUUUGACAGCACAAGGGGGACCUACACGAUAUUAGGCAGGUGGGUUUAAUGUUGUGAUUGAUCAGUGUAUAUCUUAUAGCUAUGGAAAAGCCUCCAUAACAUGGAGUGUAAUACUCAUUAUUAUUCCAUAAGCACUCAUUCUCAGCGUUGCGUCCAAACAUCUCCUUCAAUUACUGACACUGAAGAUUUUUUUUAAAACAAACUUUUAAAAUGCCAACAUGAAGGUUAAAGAACCACUCCACUGUCCAAGCACCAAAAAAAAAAUGAAAUCACUGUUUAGUAGAUAUACCCUCCGUGAACAUACAUGUAUUUAACUAUACUUUUAAUGUGAUCAUUGUUUGAAAAUCGGUCUUCUCCAACCACUCAUGUUGUUCCGCUGUGUCUUUGUGUGUUUUCCCCCACAGGAAUCCAUACUCUGACAGCAUUAAAGGGAUGCUGACAAUGUUUGGAACAGCAACAUACAAGGUGGGCCUGAAUGUUCAUCCCAACGAGCAGGAUCCACGUGUCCCAAUCAUGUGCUGGGGGAGCUGUGCUUACACUAUACAAACCAUUGGUAAGAAAAGCCGUUAUAUUCACAGUGUUGGGGAAACUGUGUUAUAUGUUCUUCAUUACCUAGUUUUUAUAUUUGUGAUGUUCUGCAGAACGCAUACUUACUGAUGAAGAAAGACCUUUGUUUGGAAAUUUGCCAUGCCGGCAGGUAAGCUUUCUUUUGUAUAAAUCGUUUUUAUUGAAGAAUUUUUGUUGUCGAAAACAAAAGCACAACUUGAAUAGUUUGUAGAAAUACAAAAUGGGCGACAUAAUUAGAUGGUCCAAGAUAAAUCAAAAACAGGGUGGCAGAAAAUUUUAAUGAGAGGGUGUACCACACCAGUUAAGAUUUAUAAAAUGGGAAAGACUACCUCUGAUCUCUGCUGUGCUGGAGGCACUGUGGUAAUAUGGCAACCUACAAGCAUAUGUGGUGGGUCCUGCCUCAAACCCCAUAUAGAAGUCCAGUCCAUUAUGUUAAAUUUCAGAAAAGGGGUGCAAAUUAGGAAGGAUAAAGUGAUGCUAGAACUGUCUGUCUGAGGUUAACUUGAUGUCAGAACUAACCUGGCAAGUACUAAUAUGAGAUUUUGCUCUGUCCAGAGGUCACUGCCAUCUUUUAUUGUGUGAAUUAUUCUAUGCUUUCCUGGCUAACAGUAACUAGUAACUAGUAAGCGUAGGACUUGACACUUUAAGUAAUUUGUAUGUGUUUCUCUUGUAGCUUAUUUUAACGAAAUAAUCCUCCAUUUUCACAUUUAAUUUUAUUUACACUUAAGUCAUGAUCUAGUGAGAUAUGUUUAAUGGCAGCAAUCCUCGGAUUUAAGUGUUUGUUAUAUAUUUUUACAUUUUAGGAUGACUGCCUCAAGUCUCUGACCAGGUUUUCUGCAGCUCAUUGGACUGUGUGCUCUCUUCCUGUGGUGCAGAAACACUUGUGCCGCUUGUUUAGUGGUAAGGGUUUUCCUGUUUGACAUUAUUAUACUGAUAAUUUUUGCUUUUCUAGUUAGGAAGACUAACAGUGCAGAGAACUGAACGAGUUUCAUUAAUUGCCAAAGUUGCCACUAUGCGGAAUUUCCCGAAGAGGCUCGCUCUUUGAUGGAAGUAUUAACUGUCUCCACUGUAGUGCAGUCACCGUUUCCACAAGGCAGUCUAGGAAUUUGCCCAUGUGUUUUAGUGGUAGCUUGGCCCAUGCCCAGUGUUUUGUGGAUUUCAUGCAUAGGCCAUACUCACAAAAGUUUUAGGAUGUAAAUCCUCUUUUUACGUGGCUACUUUUUCUGUCACUUUGGCACAGAAUAUUUCUGAGCAAUCUUACUCCUGUUUUGAUUUCACAGGCAGGUCUUUUCUGUUGUAGAAAAGCUACUCUGAAGAAAUUGGAUGUUUAAAUAUCUAAAUUUGCUUGGAAUUUUGCCAGAGAUGUUACCUAAUGUGUGUUUGUGUUUUAAUACAGCAAUUGUGCCUGAGGAAGACAGCAAUACUGCUCCAUGUAUACUUGAUAUCGACAUGUUCCAUUUAAUGGUGGGUUGAAGCAUGACUGUCUUUUAUGAAUAUUUAACUCCCAUUUAUCUUCCAUUUUUGGUGGUGGAAAAUACACUUAUACAUGAUUGCUAGCAGUUCUUGUAGCAAAACAAAAACAAGAAAUGUCAGUUUUUCAUUUACAGUCAAGUUGUGUAUACCAUGAUAGGUACACUUUGUGUGAAAUGUGAUCUAAUUGAUCGGUCAUGUACAAUGUCCAAAAAAUGUAAAGGGACACUCCAGGCACCCAGACUACUUCUUUCCAUUGGAGUGGUCUGGGUGCCAACUCUCACUACCCUUAACCCUGCAGGUGUAAUUAUUGCAGUUUUUAGAAACUGCAAUAAUUACCUUGCAGGGUUAAGUCCUCCUCUAGUGGCUGUCUACUAGUCUACUAGACUUCCUGGUUUCUAGCACAGUUUUCUUUGCUCAUUUUCAAUGCUUUCCUACGGGGAGGUCUAAUGCGCGUGCAUGGCAUUAGGUCUCAUCCCGCCGGUGGCCGCACAUGCGCAAUCAGGAGCAUGGGCGGACCCUAAACCACCGCAGAGGGACAUCGGCGGUGGUCUCAGGUAAGUCACUGAAGGGAUUUUCACCCCUUCAGCAACAUGGGGUGGGAGGAAGAGGGGACCUGCAGUGCCAGGAAAACUAUUUGUUUUCCUGGCACUGGAGUGUCCCUUUAAUGUAUUCAUAACUGAAGUAAUAAAUACAUGGACUGGCUACUGUGAAGUUCCAACUUAUCUUUUGUUGACUGCUAAACUUCCUUCUGUCUACAGUCUUUGAUCUGCUGACAGGAUCAAUAGGAAAAGAGCUUGUUUGCAAAUCAUAUGCUUCAUCUUAUCAAAUAAUUCCAUAUUGGAGAAAGGAAUAUAUGUACAGGUACUAAUCCAGAAGCCCAAAAUAGAAUGCCCACUGUCGGUCUCCCAGAAAAAGGGGGGUAACCCUCAAAUGUGUAUAUAUAAAGAGAGAUAUGGACUUGGAAAAAGUCCUGGGUGGGAGAGUGACAAAAGUAAUAGAGAGGGUACCCUAGUUUUAUUAACUUGACGUAGAUACAAAGUCAGGUAUAGCAAGAGGUAAGGGAAUAGAGAUGUGCUAAAUUGUGCUCAAGGAUGUGCUAAAUUGUGCUCAAGGAUGUGCCAAAUUGUGCUCAAGGAUGUGCCAAAUUGUGCUCAAGGAUGUGCCAAAUUGUGCUCAAGGAAAAAUAAAAAAUAAGCUCCUUUAUACAUACUAAUAGUUUCUCAUAGCUGGUGUAUCAAGCUUUACUUAAUGAACAAUACUUUGGAUAUAACUGUAGAUCUUCAUUUUGUCACAGGUUCCAGCUGCAAUGUAGUGGUAGUGUUUUGUUUUCUCUUUAUUUAAGGUGUCUUUUCCUUACAGGUCAGUUUGGUGCUCGCUUUUCCAGCCUUACAGUGCCAGGAUUUUUCUGGGAACAGCCUUGCGACUGGAGACCUUCACCUUUUCCACCUUGUAACCAUGGCACAUAUAGUCCAGAUAGUCCUUUCUUCAUCGAUAGGUAAGCUGGUUUGGGAUUUUUCAAUAAGGCAAAGCAAGAGAUUAGGUCUUUAUAUAGACAAUUCAGUGUAAAGUUCUAAAAGUGGCGCAAAUACUAGAAAUAUACAAUUGAGUGGUGAUUAGUAUGUGAGUCUAUAAUAAAUGAAGGCUUAUAUUUUUAUGCAAAUGUUUUCAUGUUUGAAUGUAAGAAUUUAAGAAGAUAGUUGAAAUAUAGCCAGUUCUAGGAAGAACCAUAGACCGUGAUAGAGCAGUGAUUUGUAAUCUUUUUAUUACAAUGACACAGGGUCUACAAUUUCAGUUCUGACCUAACCACUAAGAGCCACUGGGGGUGGGUGGGAGGAUGAAGGGAGGCAACUUUGCAAGUGGUCCAUGGCAGACUAUCUAGUGUAGUCAAUGUGGCUUUUGUAGUCCAGACUUAAUGUUGUCCAACAGUUAAGAGCUGCUGUAGUUCUUUCCUUACCUGUUCAUUGUGCAAAAAGAAAAGUGUUUAUACAAACAAUCAACUAGAGUGUGAAAUAGUGAUGUUUUGAGAUCAAGUGUUGGCUCGGUAAAGGGAUACCAGGAUUUCUGACUUGAUCGUGAUGUUUCCUGAAGUUGCAUCAAGUUGAUAAAUAAGUGCAAAAAAUAUAUCACGAGCACACCAGUCUGGUUGACAAUAUAUACAAUGGUUUGGUUUUUAGAUAUACGGCAGUUAUCCGUGUUGUGCCCUUACCUUUCAGAAGACAACUGCAUGGACCAAGAAUCUACAGAUGGAGAAGAGGAGAUGGCUGCCAUUGCCUUGUAUAGGAAAAUUUGCCAGUGCACUGGACGGUGGGGAUUAUUUGUUUUUAUAUAUUUUUUAACUCAAAAUAAAAUCUAGAAGAUUAUUUACUCAUGCAAAACAAAUAUCCAUAUUGCAAUUUUAAUAACAGUGGUGAUUCAAGGAGAAAGAGAGAGUGAGAGUGUUCCUUUAUUGCUUGGUCCUCGGCCUUAAUUUAGAAAAAGGUAAAAGACCAGAGAUAUUCCAUCUGGAUGUGUGAAUCCAGAGAUUAACAGCAUACUCAAACUGUGAAGAUUACAUUUUAGCUUCUUUAGUUCUUGGUAUUUUCUUUUUUUUUUGUGUGUGUGUGUGUCCUACCUGAAGAGGAUUAUUGUAUGCGGUGAGAACCCUGCUCUGUAACCUGUAUGGUGGGUGGCCUGCUCUGUGGCCUGUAUGCUGCGAUUAGCCUCCUCUGUGGCCUGUAUGCAGCGAUUAGCCUGCUCUGUGGCCUGUAUGCGGUGACUAGCCUGCUCUGUGGCCUGUAUGCGGUGGCUGGCCUGCUCUGUGGCCUGUAUGCGGUGGCUGGCCUGCUCUGUGGCCUGUAUGCGGUGGCUGGCCUGCUCUGUGGCCUGUAUGCGGUGGCUGGCCUGCUCUGUGGCCUGUAUGCGGUGGCUGGCCUGCUCUGUGGCCUGUAUGCGGUGGCUGGCCUGUAUGCGGUGGCUGGCCUGCUCUGUGGCCUGUAUGCGGUGGCUGGCCUGCUCUGUGGCCUGUAUGCGGUGGCUGGCCUGCUCUGUGGCCUGUAUGCGGUGGCUGGCCUGCUCUGUGGCCUGUAUGCGGUGGCUGGCCUGCUGUGUGGCCUGUAUGCGGUGGCUGGCCUGCUGUGUGGCCUGUAUGCGGUGGCUGGCCUGCUGUGUGGCCUGUGUGCGGUGACUAGCCUGCUGUGUGGCCUGUGUGCCGGAACUAGCCUGCUGUGUGAUGUGUGGCAUGUAUGCGGUGGCUAGCCUGCUCUGUGGCCUGUAUGCGGUGGCUAGCUUGCUCUGUGGCCUGUAUGCGGUGGCUGGCCUGCUCUGUGGCCUGUAUGCGGAGGCUAGCCUGCUCUGUGGCCUGUAUGCGGAGGCUAGCCUGCUCUGUGGCCUGUAUGCGGAGGCUAGCCUGCUCUGUGAUGUGUUGUCUGUAUGCGGUGGCUAAUCCGCUCUGUGAAGUGUGGCCUGUAUGCGGUGAUUAGCCUGCUCUGUGAUGUGUGGCCUGUAUGCGGUGAUUAGCCUGCUCUGUGAUGUGUGGCCUGUAUGCAGUGACUUGCCUGCAGUGUGAUGUGUGGCCAGUAUGCAGUGACUAGCCUGCAGUGUGAUGCGUGGCCUGUAUGCGGUGACUAGCCUGCAGUGUGAUGCGUGGCCUGUAUGCGGUGACUAGCCUGCUGUGUGGCCUGUAUGCGGUGGCUAGCCUGCUGUGUGGCCUGUAUGCGGCGGCUAGCCUGCUGUGUGGCCUGUAUGCGGCGGCUAGCCUGCUGUGUGGCCUGUAUGCGGCGGCUAGCCUGCUGUGUGGCCUGUAUGCGGCGGCUAGCCUGCUCUGUGGCCUGUAUGCGGCGGCUAGCCUGCUCUGUGAUGUGUGGCCUGUAUGCGGCGGCUAGCCUGCUCUGUGAUGUGUGGCCUGUAUGCGGCGGCUAGCCUGCUCUGUGAUGUGUGGCCUGUAUGCGGUGAUUAGCCUGCUCUGUGAUGUGUGGCCUGUAUGCGGUGAUUAGCCUGCUCUGUGAUGUGUGACCUGUAUGCGGUGAUUAGCCUGCUGUGUGGCCUGUAUGCGGUGGCUAGCCUGCUCUGUGGCCUGUAUGCGGUGGCUAGCCUGCUCUGUGGCCUGUAUGUGGUGACUAGCCUGCUGUGUGAUGUGUGGCCUGUAUGCGGUGACUAGCCUGCAGUGUGAUGCGUGGCCUGUAUGCAGCGGCUAGCCUGCUGUGUGGCCUGUAUGCGGCGGCUAGCCUGCUGUGUGGCCUGUAUGCGGCGGCUAGCCUGCAGUGUGAUGCGUGGCCUGUAUGCGGCGACUAGCCUGCAGUGUGAUGCGUGGCCUGUAUGCGGUGACUAGCCUGCAGUGUGAUGCGUGGCCUGUAUGCGGCGGCUAGCCUGCUGUGUGGCCUGUAUGCGGUGGCUAGCCUGCUGUGUGGCCUGUAUGCGGCGGCUAGCCUGCUGUGUGGCCUGUAUGCGGCGGCUAGCCUGCUGUGAUGUGUGGCCUGUAUGCGGCGGCAAGCCUGCUCUGUGGCAUGUGUGGCCUGUAUGCGGUGAUUAGCCUGCUCUGUGGCAUGUAUGCGGUGAUUAGCCUGCAGUGUAAUGUGUGGCCUGUAUGCGGUGACUAGCCUGCUCUGUGGCAUGUAUGCGGUGAUUAGCCUGCAGUGUAAUGUGUGGCCUGUAUGCGGUGACUAGCCUGCUCUGUGGCAUGUGUGGCCUGUAUGGCCUGUAUUCGGUGAUUAGCCUGCUCUGUGGCCUGUAUGCGGCGGCUAGCCUACACUGUGGCCUGUAUGCGGCGGCUAGCCUGCCGCGUGGCCUGUAUGCGGCGGCUAGCCUGCCGCGUGGCCUGCAUGCGGCGGCUAGCCUGCUCUGUGAUCUGUAUGUAGUGGUUAUCAUAAUGUUGUUGCUGGUACAGUGCAGCAACUCCUUAUUUGCCCUGAUAACUGCCUAUUCCACUGAUAACUGUGAGUUUCCUUUCCAUUAUUUAGAACUGUGAGAGAGCUGUCUUCUGGAUGGCAUUUCUGCAGAGCAAUAAAAACUGCUAUCCUGCCUUUCCUGAGGUGUUCUGCUUUGUUUUUCCAUUAUUUAAAUGGUGUGCCAGCACCAUUAGAUUUACCAGGUAUGUUUCAUUUACAAUCUUAACUCUCAUUGAAAUGAAUCUGGUCUUUACACAUCGUUCACCAGUGUUUAAUCUUAUUUUUUUUCCUUCCUCUGAGUGGGAGCUCCUAGUCUUUAUUGGGACACCACAGACAACUAGGGUGCUGUGAUAUGUUUGACGUCACGUCAUGUCAAAACAAUACAUAAUUAAUUUUUGCCUAAUGUAUGGAUCACAUCACAUGGAAAAAUAAAACACACAGACCAGUUGCACACUGGCAUUUUCUUUUUUUCUUUUUUUUGUCCGAGAGAGGGACUUGUGGGAAGUACAUAUCUCCCAUAGGGCUUGCUCUCUGUUGCUGCUGUUUAUAUUCCAUGCACCCUGCUGGCAGACAGCAUUUACAAUUUUAAGAAGGGGAGAUGAGUUGAGAAGUAGGGUGAAUAGUUUAGGAUAGAAAACAAAGACGAGAAAAUAGGGUAUAUGGGAGAAUGUUUACAUUGAAUAAAUGGGUGACUCAAGAGCUAUGUGUUUAAAGCUGACUUCCAGAACUAAGGAUCAAUUAUUUUAAUGCAUUAUAUAGAUAACGUAUACAAAUGCAAAAAAUAAAAUAAAAACCAUACUGACUUCUGAAGUUUCAGAAUUUGCUGCACAUCCACAAACUGAAAAAACAAGUUAUGGAAUAGCUCUGUGUUAAGAGUAGGGAAGGCAGCACACCUAAACAGGUUAGUCUCUCCCAAAGACUGCCCAGCUUUUACUUUGUCCCUUUGCCAAAACAGACAGACAGUAACUUGGCCAGUCAUGACACUUACUUGGCUUUAAAAUACAAAAGGCAGGGCAGGAUGGGUGGGAGAUUGUAACUAAACACUUUCCUAUUUUCUUAUAAAACAAAAACACAGUUUAAUUCAAAUAAGUAGAACAUGUCUAACACAGGGAACUCUGACCUAAUCUGCACAUUACUUCUAACAUGUGCUUGCCUGUUGACCUGGUAUGUCUCCUUAAUGAUCGCAAAGUAAUGUAUGUUGUUUUGGGAACACAUUUCAUGUUUAUUUGUUUUCCCCUCUAGUGAAUGGAAUGAGCCAGUUUGAUCAUCUCUGUAGUUACCUUUCUUUGCCUACCAACCUAAUCAGCCUUUUCCAAGAUAAUCCCAAAGUGUCGGAGACCCUGAUAAAUAGGUAAAUCUAAAGAUCUUAUAGGUGGGUUUCACAUGUGAAUCAUAAACGAGGUAAAGAAAAACCAGGAUGGAUACAUGGCCACCUUGAAUUUCUUAGAGAUUUAUACAGGAUUAUUCAAUAAAGUGAGAAUUCAAAGUGAAUUUUAGAAUUUGGGCCAGAGUAGCUAAACUUCAAGCAUAGCUGACUUUUUCCACUUUAUUGAAUUCCCACUUUCAGGAAUAACACUGAUAGAAUCGCUGAUGUCUACUAUUCGCAUUUAGCAUUUUGGCUAAAUCUGACAUUUUAGACCUAGCAUAUCACUGGCACAAUGAGAACACGAUUUCUAAAGUUUUAGAAUGGCAUUUGUGUAGCCUGCACAGCUUAAAGGGACACUAUAGGUACCAAAACAACUUUAGCUUAAUGUAGUGUUUUUGGUGUAUUAAUCAUGCCCCUGCUAUCUAACUGCUUAAUUCUCUGCUAUUUAAGAGUUAAAUCAUUGUGUUUAUGAAGCCCUAGCCACAGCUUCCUGCAUGUGACUUACACAUCCUUACCAAUCUCCUCCUGUAAAGUUACGUCUAAAGUUCAAAUUUAUUGUUCUUGCACAUUCUGUUUAAUUUAGAAUUUCUUCUCUCCUGCUAUGUUAAUAGCUUGGACCUCACAGGAGCUGUGUGUGAUUAAAGUUUAAUUUACAGAGUAGUAGAUAAAAACUUCUAAAUCAAGUUAAAGUCUAAUUGAAAAGGAAACCAUUUGUUUUGUGCAGGCAGGAGGGGUGGCUAGUGCUACAUAAACAGAAACAAAAAUGAUUUAACUCCUAGCUGACAGAGAAUUGAGCAGUGAACACCAAACCUGCUUCAUUAAGCUAAACUUUUUGGUGCCUAUGAUGUCCCCUUAAAAGAGGAGUUGAGUAUGUUCCCCAUAGAUUGGGAAUCACUCUAUCUUUGCUUGAUGCUUUUUGUCUGUUUGGUGUUUUAUUUUUUUUGCACAGUUACUUUUUAUUGGAAGUGCUUGUUCUUAUAUAUGGUUAACAAACUACACAUGCUCCUUAAACCUGCAAUAUGUAUAAGAGAAUAAAUGGAUAUUAGUGGAAAACACUGUAAUCCAUAGAUGUACAUAUCUUGCGAGUGAAGCUUGCUUGCUGAUUAAAUACACAUGGGUUGAAAGAGGCUGCACGUUUUUUUUUUGUUUUGUUUUUUUUUAUUCUUUAUUUAUUACAAGACAUCACAAAACAGUGCAUAUACAACAAUAUAAGGUUAUGUAUAAACAAAUAUGUAUACUGUGGACAUGGCAUUAUUACAUUCGUAUGAUGGGUAAACAGUCCAGGUCACACAAAUCCUGUAACUAGAGACCUCUAACUGAGUUUACAUCUCUAAAGUUCUCAUCUCUACGUAUAGUUAGAUAUCCUGUCUAGUUUUAUAUAGUAGAUAAAACAUUUAACAGAGAACAUAUGAUAUAUGCCGACCGCACACGUGUUUGCAAACGCAAACAUACACAAAAAGGGGAGAACGGCUAAGAGUAAUAUACGAGCCUACGUUUGUUCCCGUGUCGCUAUUGUCUCGUGCGUGUAUUCCCACCAUGUACGGUCGGACGAUAAGAUUCAGGAAUUAAGAGAUGAAAGAAAAGAGAAAAUAGAGGAGGUGCCUCGAAGGGGCUGCACGCUUUUUGUGAUUAAUAUUUUUGUUGACCUGCAGUUCUGCCAUCAAUCUUAGCUCAGCUUACUGCCACCAAGCUUGUCAUGGGUCAUCUUUGAAUCCAAGUUAUGUUAAAAUCCAACAGAGUCCAACCUUCAAAGACAUUCUGCCAGGUUCCUUAAAGUUCGCUAGCUUUGUUGACAAUCUGCAGCCAGAGUUACAAUUUGCUGGUUGCCUCCACACAUGAAUGACACUUAUAGUGCUGUGGGCUAAUUUUGCCCCUUUUGAUAGGAACUGUAAUAGAAGCUCAGUGUUCCAUUUGCAUGAUGGGCACAAAAUACAUAGACACUCCUUUUCUGGUUUUAGUUUAAAUUAAAAUUUUGACAAUCCAGUAAAGAUCAUAUCCUAGGGUAUUAAAAUUGUAUAAACCUUGGGAUAGUUGGCCCGAUGCUCCUGUAACAUUACAAGUGUACAGCAUAGCUAUGUCAUUUUGUGAGUGUUGUGUGGAAGUGAGGAACACUGCAAAGUCCUAUUAUGUACAUUUCUAUUAAAAUGUCUUUCUAGCGUGGAAGCCACAUAUUAAUAAUUAUUAUAUUUAUUUAGUUGGUGUAAAAACAAGGAGGUGAAAAGAUUUCUGGUUGGUGAACGAACAGCCGUCAGGUAAGAUUUUCUGGUUUUCUCUUCUCCCUUAUUUGUAACAGAUCGCAUAAUCCUGGUAGACAGAAAGUAGAUUCAUCUGUCAGGAUUGCACUCAUUCAGUGGGCUUCAGUUUGCUCCUGUGUUCUUGAAUAUAACUGUUCUCUAUAAGCUGUUGAAUGUUCAGAUAGACACUAUUGCAUUUGAUAUAUUUUUGAAUGAUUCUUUCUAACUGAAAGCAGAUUUGUAUGUUACAUAAAGAAUGUCUUGCUACUUAUAGAGCCAACAUUUUCUGUAGCACAAUAUCGGGAAAGAGACAGUAAACACUUGUGAACACUCUGCAUAAGCAUUCAUAACAGCAAUUAUUUAUUGGACACCAGUUACUCUGCUUUGGCACACAGCCCGAUAUAUACACCUAUUUACAAUCUUAUACCAAUGGUAGUAUUCACAAGGAUUGAACAUCAUGAUGCAAUCCACAGUACAGGCCAAUUAACAUUUAGUCACACAGCUCAACUCAUUCAUCAGUAUAUGUAAUGCGUCCUUCUGCACAGUUACUUGUGUUGUCUUUGUAGUCAACCUUAUUUUACCAUGUUGGUUUUCUUCAGCUUUCCCAGAGAGUCUAAUAAAUUAAUAGACCUUCCAGAAGAUUACAGCAGCCUAAUUAACCAAGCAUCAAAUUUUUCGUGAGUAGCAUCUUUUCUGCACCCCCUAAAAAGUGUGCCAGUGAGCACAUUUUGCAUAGAUAAAUUCCUCUUCUAAUCUUACUCUGUGCAGGUGUCCAAAGUCUGGAGGGGAUAAAAGCCGAGCUCCCACUCUGUGUCUGGUGUGUGGAGCAAUGCUGUGCUCUCAAAGUUACUGCUGCCAGACCGAGUUAGAUGGGGACGACGUUGGUGCAUGCACUGCGCAUACUUACACAUGUGGAUCUGGCAUGGGUAUCUUCCUCCGGUACGUGUGAUGACACUAUAAGUUGUAUAACAAUGUUAUACAAUCAACUGUUUAAAAAGGGUCUGUUAAAUCUUGUUUUUCACAAGGUGUGCUAUUAGAGAUAAACAUAAGUUUCAGAGCAGGUACGUUUUCAAUGUCUUGGUACCUAGUCACACAGAUCCUGUAGAAAGAACGUGCAAUUAAUGUUGAAGUAAACACAGUUGUAUGGGUACAGAUGUCUUUGAGGUGCUCAGUAGUGUGUGCAAACCAUAAAUACAACUAGGGACUUAAAAUCCAAAGGACGCGGAUUUCCAGGCCAUGUUUAUAGCCAUGAAAGCUAGUGGUUAACACAAAAUCAAAUUUUUUUUAUUUUUUGUCACAAUUCCAUAUUUUUCUAUUUAAACACAAACACUAAAAUACAACACAGAUAUCAAGCAUAGUCUUGGCCACAGUAAAGUCAAACCAUUCUUUUAAUCAGCAGGGGUCAUAUCAAAUCUAUGUGCCCUCUUAAUCUUUCUGCAAGGUUUAGCAGUUUCUUAUUUGUUAUUAGCUUGUAUGACAAAUAUUCGAAGGGUUAUUAAAUAAAUGUUGACUCUUGUAGAGUUGUCAAGGGAUUUGCACAUUUUCAUGUUUUGCAUGUUGAGCAAUAUGAUUUCUAUUUUCAGAUGAAUGAAAUCUAGUACAUUGGGUCGUCUUAAUCUGUUAAAAGAAACAAGUGUAACAAUAGGAAAAGUGUAGGCUUUCCUAGCGAUUUUAUAGUAAAUUCAUUCUUCUCACCCUAUUGUUUGCAGAGUCCGUGAAUGUCAGCUCCUCUUUCUGGCUGGGAAAACUAAGGGCUGCUUCUAUGCACCUCCUUACCUAGAUGAUUAUGGCGAAACAGACCAGGGACUGCGGUAUGUGAAAACCAGCAUUCAUUUUUUUUAAAAAUAAAAAUGUAAAGAAUAUUUUGCACAAAUUUCCACUCCCCAUUUUUAACCCCUUAAGGACACAUGACAUGUGUGACAUGUCAUGAUUCCCUUUUAUUCCAGAAGUUUGGUCCUUAAAGGGUUAUAGGGACACCCUGGACCCCUAAAGCACUUUAGCUUGCUGAAAACUGUGUGUGAAAAGGGUUCCCUUUCUAUCUCAUUAUACAGAAAGUACAGAUUUCAAUAGAAAUUAGACUUGUUACACCACCUAGCUUUCAAACAGACCAUAGGUCCUGUUCCUGGUUUGGUUAGCUCAGUGGGUUAGCUUUGAGCAAUGCGUAUAGCUGUAAGUCUGGUGUCACUAAAUAUGGCCCCGACUGAUGGAGUUAACUCUGCUCACACCAAAACUGCAGGAUGUUCCAUGUCCUAACAGCGUUAAAACUUGCAAUUUUUAUGAUGCCAUGGAACAUCCCCGCCCCCCAGACAAACAUUUUUUAAACAUCAUAUAACUGUUUGCUUGAUCCUUUAGGGUAGUGGUGUCCAGAAUUCUUAUUUAAAAAGUUGAAAGAAGUUUUAGCAGAGGAAACCCACACGGUAAUCAUGGCCAUGAAUCAAAGUUUAUUGAGCAAAAAAUAUCUUUUAUAUAUUUAUAUAUAUGUGUGUGUUCUUUUGAUAUGGAUCUUGUCUGACAUUUUUUUUCUUUUUUUUUGUUUAGACGAGGAAACCCUCUGCACCUCUGUAAAGAGCGCUUUAAAAAGAUCCAGAAACUGUGGCAGCAACACAGCGUAACAGAGGAGAUUGGCCAUGCACAAGAAGCUAAUCAGUCGCUAGCUGGCAUCGAAUGGCAACAUUUAUAAUACAGAAUAGUUUUUUUUUUUAUUUUAUAGCUGUACCCUUUUUCUAAAACAAUGCCUGUGACCGAAAACAGCUCAUUGUUCAAACAAUGCAAGUCUUUAAUUUAUAAUACAUUAUUUAGUAUCUGAAUAAAAUUGUCGUUUGCUAACGGCACUGAUAAUGUCACCAGGAUGUACAAUUCCUUAGUACUCGUUCUUGCCAUGCUUCUUUUAAAUAAAGGGAAGUUGCUGCUUAAAAUUCAGGGCAGAUUAGGAGGGGGUAGAUAUUGGUCAUUACCCCCUCUGUUUCAUCUGUACUAAGCAUGGCAAAUCAGGCUGCAACUCUAGUGAAAAUAAAAGGGAGAUAUUUUGUUAUACAGCAUAGUAAUCCUUUUAUAUGGUGACUUUAUUUACAGAAGAAGCAGUUUUGCUUUCUCUAGAGUGGAAGAAGACAAUGAGCACCUCCCAAUCUGUUAAUAUGGGUAACAGCUGCAGAUAAUCAUGGGAGUGUAAUUCAGACAAGAUACAACGAAGAACCACCAGACGUCCCUGCAGUAGAUUAGUUAAGUCUUGUUACCCAACAAGGACAGACUUUCUAUUAUAUGCUUUUUUGGCAUUUGAGCAAGCUGGACUUACUUUCAACUCACAGAUCAAUAUGCCACGCGGACACAAAGUCUCUAAUAGCUGGGAAUAUUUAUCAUGUAGGCUGUUUAUCUGACAUUUCUGCAUGAGGGCUGCCCUUUGCAUACACUUGAUUCCUGGUUGCAGAAUUCGCCACCCAAUAGAAAAAGACCGUAAAGAGUCUUCUGACUUUCUAUAAUCUUACCUUGGGUGUCUACCUUCAUUUAUGAGUAAUAAUUGCGUGGAAACAAAGUUUUCGCCAUUUUUCCACUACUACUAUUUUGCGUGAAUAAUGGCACCUAGCCAAUCAUAUCUUAAGAACCGUACUCACUCAUAAUGACGUGCAAAUUUGAGUGUGUGCAGUAAAUUAGUUGCACGUGGGACAAAGACCUUUGACAUCUCAGUGUGUUCCCUUAGUCAGUAGUAUGAUAACUCGAGUUUAAAAAAAAAAAAAUCAAUCUGUUAAAUUAGUACAUGUCUUCCUUAUUGGCAAUGCAUUUUUUAUUUAACAUCUUCACUGCCGGAGUAGAACAGUACAUUCAGUGUCUUGCUGGGAAUAAAUACUUUUUUACUACUUAAGAAACAACAUCUUAAGUAGUUGACACAGAGCAGAUUUAUUGGAUCUCUGACCAUGUCAGACUUGAGUUAAAUACCACUAACUGCAUGUAUUUUUUUUUUCUAGGUACCUGGUGUCAAUUAAAGUGAGUUUUCCGAGUGCACUAAACUUGUUGGAACAAAUAGUUGAUAUUUGCUUAAUGCUAACUGUGGGCAUGUGUUAAACAGGUCCUCAGUUACUAUGGGAAGAUAAGCUUGUAAAAGUUUUUUGAUUAUGGUUAAGUAAUAUAGCUAGCCUGAUUUCUCCCUCCCCCCUUAUUCUUCUAAUGUUGAAUGAGAUUCUGCAGAUAGAUUCUCAAUAUUAACCUUUUUUUCAUGACCCCUUUAUAAACAAGGCAUUACUUGAACAUAUACAUCAUUGACUACCAGGUAGUCUAAACUUAAAAUGCCAUUCCAUUCAACAACUUUAAACAGGGUCUUUUUCCCCAGAGGGAAAUCAAAAAAUACAUUUGGCAUCACAAUGGGUGGGUCUACUUUUAUACAAACCGUUUCAUUAUUGCCAUCCCCUUUGUGCAUUUUCCCCAUUGGUAAUGUAGCUGUGAAUGUUCUGGGUGAUUUGAAUUCAUUCCAGACGUGUGUUGAUGUGACUUGAUCGUUGGUCAAUAUAUAUGGCACAAGUUGUUUGUCAUAUGAAAAGAAGUUGUAAAAAUCAAUACUUAAACAUUGUGCGUGCCAGGGAUCACUACCAACUCCUUCAGCACACAAUGUGCAACUCCUUUUGUUCCUACGGUAUUGCUUAGCAAUCCUACUAGUAGCAAAAUGGGCCCAAUUUAGAACAGAAGACUGCUGACAUAUAGUCAAGCAAUUUUUCCACGUUAUUCUCACGCUCACAGUUUUAGCAUGUAUUUAUGUUUAAUGUAGAAAAUGGUAAUGUAAAAAAAAAAAGUAUGAAUGAAAUUAUAUUUGAAAGGAUUUUACUUCAUCUUUAAUAUACAUUAAAUUCUUGUAAUAUUUGAAUGUAAUAUAUGUAUAAAAAAAUAUACAACUUAUCCAAAUAAAUGCUAUAGCUGUUAUUUCUUGUCCUCUUACUGAACUGACCUAAAUAGACUGCAUAUUUCUGCUGAGAUAAGAGAAUGUAGAUCAGCCUUGGCCAUUGCUCAAAUAUGUCACGAUUAAGCCAUCAGAUUAG